AUGUUCGCAGUUAGUAACUUUUUUUCCCAUCACCACUGUUUUUGUGUAGUUAAUUUCCAUUGUGGCUUUAUUUUUUAUCUGCACUUUUUUUAUUUGCAUCAGGCUUUGGUUUUUUUUUUGCAUCGGUAACCCCCGUUGUGACUUUUUUUUUUUUUUUGCAUUCUUUUUUUUUGCAGCAGUGGCGGUUCUCGGGCACCAUACAGUCUACAUGACCGCUUUAAAAACCUGAGCAUUGGUACGUUUUGGAGUAGCACCUUGUAAAUUGCGCGUUCACAUGUUUCCUCUGGCCUGCCCAGUCUCCCAGUGAGCGCGCUCCCGCUAGAGGCUUGUGGAAAAAACUGCAGCGGCUGUUACCGGAGCCACGCAGAGAGAGAGAGGAGCUGAGAGCGAAAAAUCUCUGGCUCGGGCUGGAGUUGAGCUUCACACAGUCGGAUUUGCCUUAUUCAUGCCCGGGGACGACUUUGCCUAAGCGGAAUUUACGGCUGCCAAGUGUUGGUAGAAUCGACGCGGAGAUCUCCGGCGCUUGGAAAGGUAAGAAAAAGUUAGCCAAGGGGUUCUUUUUUCCCAAAUUGAAAGUGUCUCAGCCACAAGUCUCGUCAGUUUCCUUCGGCUGCCAACUUCCAGUUUGUACAGCGGGGGAAUGUCCUGUCUUGAAGAGUAAGCUAACAGCUCUUUUCUGAGUUCGCGCUGAACCUAAAACAGGCGAAGUGAAACGUCCAGGGAUGCGAAGACAGCGGGGAAGUUUGCUAACCGUCUGUUCGUCUCCCUCAACUGCAUGAUAGCUAAUUCUCACAAACUGCGUGCUGACUUCACGUAGUUGCAACAUAACUAGCCGCUGCUGUCAUAACUUGAGUGAGGGCUAACAUCUACAAGGCAGCAGCUUUGUUUUGUUUGGCUCAUUUUGGUUUUGUUUGUCUUAAAAGUUAGUUUAACGUACACCUGGUUUGUUUGGAAAGCAGCUCCAUACAAAGAGACAACUUCUCAGUGUUUACAACAUGGCACACGCAGCGUUUAUUUUAACCAAGCAGGGGUCCUCAAGACCACCAGCAGAACCAGUAGGUGAUGGUUUCAUUUUAAGAGAGGUAUAACCACCUGACAUGCUCUUGUAAUAAGGUGAUAAACAGAUAAUGUAAGUGGGACGAGAGGAGAGCUUUUAAGUGGUGCCAACACUGUUACCCUCUUACCUGCAGAGCACGAAUUUACAGCUGUGCAAAGUCAUAUAAAACCUUCAUUAAGUUAUUAAAAAAUGAUUUCUGUAUCCCAGGGUUACCAUCGGCUGUCUUUGAUGCAACAGCACCCUUUAGACACCAUGAUUCACCAAUUAAAGCCAUAAAUUAAAAACAAAACCCCCUUUUCUGAGGUAGAGCUAUUACUGUAAGGAAGUAAUACUUUCAAAUCCUCAAAUAUUUUCAUGGAUGUGGGAUAAAAUUGCUCUGUUUCUCCUUUUUUGUCAGAGACCUGAUGCUACUGCUAACAAGGUUGACCUGUGAGUGACCCUUUGAACCUGUCACCUGUGCUUCCCCUAUGACAGAUCAUUCAAAAGAGGCUCAUAAGCGUGUCAUGUCACGGCUAGUGUAGCUGUCACUGUGUACAUUACACCAGGAAUUCAAACCAGUAAUCAUUUCAUCAGAGGUGUGUAAAAUAUGAGUCACUCUGUGCCUCUGUUAACCAAACAGACAAAAAUUUUAGUCCGAGACUUUGCCGCCUCUCAUCAUUCAUUCAAUCAGCUGGCACAAAAAUGAUCAGAAUCAGGUUUGUGUUUAAGUUACGAUGAGAGCUUCCUCUGUGAAGGAAUGCUUAUUUCUUUUUCUUGGUCUAAAAGUGGAGACUGAGUGCAAAAAGCCGUGGCAUGUGAUGAUGGAAAUGAAAUUUCAAAUGCAGGCGUGUUAAUAUGAUUUUAGGUUGUCGCAAGAGACUUGAACUUCUUUCAAAGGUGGUAAUUUUACCUGUCAACGUCUGUGGUCUCAAGUGUGUGCCUAAGUGUCUCGAUGGUGUUUGAUCUUUCGGUAAGCUGCAGAGGGUUCAAGAAUACACGUGUCAGUCUAAUGGUAAGGCUUCCCUUCAUUUGAAAUGCUGUUUUGACUAUUAUUAUUCAGAUGUUGUCACCAGAGUGCAUUGGAGACCAGAAUUAAAAUUAAUGUUUUGCUGCUCUGAGCAGAAUAAUAAAAAAGAGGACAGCUGUGGAAAAGAACUUCUGAUUUCUUGGCAGUGGUUACAGAAAGAUUUUUGUUCCACCUGCAGUCCCAAACCCCAGAAGUUGUUCUUUUCAGUAUUAUUUAUUCUAAAGAAAUGGAAAUUUCUUCAUUUUAAGAGCUUCCUGGUGAAUUUCAAGUAAAGUCUGUGUGCAGCUGUAGAUAUAAAACCGUACAUACAGCAACUGAGCAAACUGGAAGGUGGCUUUGAAGACUACACCUGUGCUUAAAACACAGAUGCAGUGCUGCAGAGGGGAUGAAGGUAUUAAAAUCUUGGUACAGCGAGUGAUUUUUCCCUCUGCAAAUGAAAUUAAAAAGGUAAAGUCAAAAAUGUCUGCUUAUUUGCUUGUCUGCAUAGCUAACAGUUAUCAGUAUAAAGGUCCUUUCACACCGGGACAGUCGAUUGUCGUGCGAUUAUUUCAGACGUCAGUCUUUUUUUUCUUGUCAAUACAAGCGUUCACAUCAGCAACGUUUUCCCGUCCUGCGAUAUUGCGGCAUUUAUUUUUUCGGAUCAUGGUUGAUUUUUCUAAAGUUUCACAUACUAUGUGUCCACUUCUGACCAAUCAGAUAGUGUGUUGUUGCAACGUCUGAUUCACCAGUAUAUCCAACAUGGCCGACCAGCUGAUUGUUUACGUGUCUGAGAACAAAGUGCUUUAUGAUAAAAGACACAAACAUUACAACAUAAGAUAACUACCUGAAGGACAACAUAGCAUCUGUUCUGUGUGCUUUAACAGUUUGCUAAACGUCUUUGUUUUAACUUUCAUCUGUGCCAACGUAAGCUAACGGUUGUUACCAUAGUUUCAUGUGCUUAUCUUAUCGCCUCUGAAUGGCUAUGAGUGCUAACCGUUUGGCUUGAGCGUGUGAUGACGUUUCCAGCUUUUCUAGCCAAUCAGAGGUGAAGGAGGCAGGACUUUGCCCGGGAAAAGUCUGCCCCGGGAUGCGUCUUUUCCCUCCUGGAAAGUCACAAAAUUGCAUCGGGCUUGAUGUCUGUAGUCAGGCGCGUCAAAAUUUGCCUCUGAAUAUUUUGUAAUUUCGCGUUCUAUAUUCGCGUCGGCCCCGGUGUGUAAGGACCUUUAAACUUUAACUCUGAACAGUGGAGGGCAAGACAUGAGAUGGUUGUGAAGGGUGUUGAUUUUGCUGAUCAGAGUCAGGAACAAUUGUUUCACUAUGAAAUAUGGCAUAUGACAUUUUCUAGAUGCCACAAGUGUCUUCUCAUUUAGCUGUAAGACAAAAUAUUGUUAAAUCAGUAUAUCAUCGACCAGACUUUUAUCAAGUGUUGACACUGUGGUGCAAAAGAUUAAUAUUUUAAUUGAAAAAUGUGCUCCAAUGUGAUUUCUUUGCUAUUUUGACCUGCCAUGUAGCUAGUUACAAUACAAUUCUUUGUGGGGAUUUUUAUGAUGUGAAUGAAGGGAACUUGAAUGGCAGUUAACCGGCCAAAGAGGAAGAAGUUCACACCUGCGAAGAACCAGAGAAAGAUAGUGAGAUGAUGUCUCACAGUGGUAAGAAGAUAUUAAGAGCCAGCCACUUAAAAAAAGAAUUGUAAAUGAGAAAGAAAAAGGCUAUAAGCAAUGGAAGAGCAUAGGUGAAGGAUGCACCCCAGUGAGACUCACCUGCAAUGGGUGGACUUCACGUGCCAAAGCCGAGCACAACUAAGCAACAGUGCGUGGGAAAUACAUCACCUCAGGCUACAGACGAGCAUGUUGCACAAGAGUCACACUGCUGUUCAGAUAACAAAAGUUUUAAUGAAGGCUAUGGAGGAAUGGAAGCCGACUUAAAAAGUAGUUCAUUUAUUAACAUUGUGUUGUAUAUAAGACUCGCUGUUGCAGGUUAAACAGGUCAACCCCCAAAAAACGAGGCUGUCUUGUUUCAAAGUUUAAAGCUCCAGUGAGGAUUUCUUUUGUUUAUAAUGAAACAGACUAAAACUUGAGCUCAUACCUCUUUGGAUGAUUAAAACUAAUGAGGCCAUAACAAACAAGUGUGAUUAUUUCUAUCACGUAGUUUUCAAUGUGGAAAUCUGCUGCAGUGGGGUGAGGGUCAAAGAAAGACGGCACUCCAAGAAACCAGCUCUACCAUUUUCCUACUAUUUUUAAUAAGUGAUGUAGGGCUGAAUAACGAUUAUUUUAAAAAUCGAUUAAUCAGUCAACUAUUUUUUCGAUGAAUCAGAUACAGAAACAUUUUUAAUUUGUUUAAUAUGUGAAGAAUGUGUUUGUGAAAGUGAAGCAUUCUUGAGUUUCACUGUCACAAGUUCAGGCCAGUGAAAGCAGACGUUUGUUAAUGCUGUAAACCUCAGCCCACUCAAAACAGACACACGGCUCUUGAUAAAUGAGCUUGUCUUUGUGUGCUGACAUGAGACUGUAGGUGUCAGUUCUUGUUUUUACUUGCUCUGUGCUAUUGUUUUGAUUACCACGCACAAGUUGACAGUGUCAACAAAGACGGGCGUCUGACAUUGUUACUUCUUCACCUGUUUGAAGCGGAUGGGGAGGCGGAUUUGCAGAUUUACCCUCUGAUAAGUGCCCUGCGGAUGUCUGUACCCAAAGAAUGCGGGACAAAUAUUUGUUCGGUUAUUCCCGAUGUUUCUGGAUCUGGAACAUACCUGACAUUCUUUGAAGGGAGCAACAGGAAGAAUUUGUGUCGAUGUUGAUCUUUGUAUAACUGCAGGGCUACAAGAAGUUCAGUGUCUUUGAAUGAUGGAGAUAAAGGCUGACAGUUGUAGGAUGUACGCCUAAAUAAUCCGAAUGUUUGUUGACAUUUGUUUUUUUGAUUGCCGCUGCUCAACAGUCUCAAACAUUUUAUUUGCCUUUCACCUUUCUGUUUGGGUAUCACAAACAUUAAACUGUUGUACUGAUUUGCAGGAAUAUGCAGACUAUAGAGCAAAAUAAACCGCAAGUUUGAUUCCAAAAAAUAAUGUAAAAGAAUGUUACAGAUGACUCACUAGUAUUGAAGCAUAUCAGGAAAUGUCAGUGCAGUAAGAGGUUAGAAAACUGGUCUCUUCACAUUUGUUUGUAUUCCAGAGAAAUCACUGACCCAGGGCUUCACCUUAACUAAGGCUAGGCAGUAUUUGUUUACCAAAUAAGAAGCGACACAGGUGAAAGAAGUGAAUGCAAUUCUCUGUUGUUGAUACAACAAGGUCUAAUCUUUGGAUUUUGAAUAAUACAGCUGAAGCACCAAACUAUUCUUAAAACAUGUAGCUUGCAUUUUAUUUAAAGCAAGCAAGUAUUGCAGUAUUUUUAAUUUAAUAUGUCUGUUUGGUUGAUUUGCAAACUUUCACCAUCUAAUUUUUAUCAACAUUGUAUGAAUCCUUUCUCUUUUACAACUGGGUUUUGUAAAUAUUAAUGUGCUUUGAUAGUAAUACAGUAGGAUCUAUCAGGACACUUGUGAUCUGCAGUUUUUAUUACGAAUGUCAAUCUCACACAUUUAUUUGGAGGAGGUUAAGUGGCAUAAAUAAGAGGUAGUUUCUUGGUUGACAGGAUGCAUGUGUGUGUGUGUGUGGGCUCUAAAACAGAUCUGUGGAGGAAGUGUCAUUUGACACCUUGACCUUUGACCUCUCCCCCCUUGCCUGAGCCAGGACUGAAGCUAGGUAACAGGUGUGACCUAGAGGUUAAGGAGCAAACACACACAUGCACACACACACGCACACACACUGGCUAAAUGUAAUAGAGAAAUAGUCUCAGGUGCUUUUACACCUAACCUGUUUGGUUCGGUUUCAACAAACUGGAGUCUGUUUGCAAUGUUAGUGUGGCUCGUGUGUGCUGGUGUGAAAGCUGUCACUUAACAUCUUUAAAUGAUCUCUUCACCUCCUCUCCAGCUUCACUUUUUCCAAAUGUCACACUCUCUAAGGUGAGCAACGUUGUGCCUUUUCCCCCCGUCACAACUUAGGUCAUGUAUUCACCCCUGAAACAAAGCGCUGCAGGAUUCAGAAGGUCAGUGGAACCUGAUAAAGUGCAGUUUGGGCUGGAAGCCACGUCUCCUAACUUCGACUCUGCCUGCAAUCAAGGCAGAGCUGGAGCUUUGUUUGGCUUUGUUUUGGAUCCGUGGUCUUGACAUAAUUCAUGUUGGCAGCUCCAGGUUGUGCCUCAUACAGCGUACAUUUUGAAGCUAUCAGGCAAAAAACAUUGCACCUUCCAAAAGUCAGUGUAAUGUCAUCUGAGUCAUCCAGGUACGGAGAUGUCAGAACAAAUUGAAGUAAUCCUCCGGUCUCCAUAGUCACUCAGAUUUAUGGCGGAACAUUUCUACGUCCAACAAAAUGACUAAAUGUAAGUUUGAAUGUCUCAUAUGCUUUGCUUUACAAAAAAACUGCAAUCUUAUCAAGGCAGAAAUCACAUUCUCAGUCAUUGACUUGACUUCAGACUUUUUGCAAGUGAAUUGGCAACUGUGUGAAACCAGGUCACCCAGGAGUCAUCACUGUUAAAGUCACAAUCAUCUCCUGUCUGCUAUUGUUCCUUGUAAAGUAAUGGAUGGUAAAGCAGCAGAUCACUGUGACUCUGUGAUCUUGAAUAUCAAGCCAGAGGGCAUCUGCUCCUGACUGGUAUUUGAUCUCUGAUCUUUGAGAAAGUCUCACUCGCAACAUUCUGUUAAAGAAGAAGAAGAACUUUAUUGAUCCCCGAAGGGAAAUAGAUCUGAUGGGUAAAAUAUUUUCAAUUUUCCCCUACCCAUCCCUGUAAACACCAAUACAUGACCAUACCAGCAUUCCAGGGCUGCAACACAUUGAAAGAAUUAAGCUUAAGUAUUUGUCCUUGUCUUUUUUUGUUUGAUUUUGGGCAUUUAGGAAUAGGGGAAAAGGAGCUGACUUAAAAGUAGCUGUUGCAUCAUCAAACGCAGUUGAAAUUAUAUCAACAGCCAAGGGUAAAUUUGAUUCCUCAGUGAUAGAGAGCAGCUUUCAUUCUUAGAAACUCUAUAAUCUAUUUAACAGGAGGAAGGUACACAGUUUUGCACAGAGUAAAGUAAAGCUCCCUCCUUGGCAACAACACUUGAGAAGUUUCUUUAGAAAAGAUAUUAACAGGCUUCUCUUGUGUGCAGGAGCUAAAGUCUCCAAGUGAACUUUUCACUCGCUCUACAUGUUAAUUCUUUGAGGCACACAACACAGAGUCACCUCUCUCUCGUUCUCUUGGUGAAGAUUCUUCCUUGACUUAUUGUUUCCUUGGCAGUCCUAUCACAAAUUUGGCCAUGCUUUGCAAACAGUGCAGUAGUGUGCAAAAUGCUUUUAUUUAGCUUGUCCUCUGUUAAUUUGAGAGUGCACAUCAAUGAAUGAGCCAUGUCAUUCUCAAGAGUUUGUAUGCUCAAGGUCUUGUGCAGUUUAAAAAGUUUAAAGCUCAUAUUUUUGACCUUUUAAAGGAAUGUUGACAUUAUUCACUGUCUGUGAAACUCAAGGCUGCGGCCGGGCUGACAAGCUAUCAGCUAAAGUGCUGACCUUGAAUUUGAACGACUAAUGAGCUGUUUUCUGAGUUGAUGUUAUAUCACUUGAAAUUAAAAACUAAUCAACAUACUUUUCAGCUCCUUGUAAGGUCACUUGUACCUGUCUCUCUGUAAACGGGUUAUCAUGCAUCGAUCACGCAGUCAUUUAUUAAUAAGGUGAACUCCUUGUUCCUUUGAAUUUCUCUACAUACAUAUGAGGACAAUUAGCUGAAAUGGUGACCCUGAAUGACUUGUCUGUGGAGAAAAACUGCGUGCGUCUGCUCACCCCCUUCUUAAACUUUGUCUUUUCGUCAAAGCUUGUGAUUUAUAAGUAUGUCCCCUCCUCACAGGGCAGACGGAGUUCAGCUAUUCAACAUUUUCCAAAGCGACUUAAUGGGCUAAAGCUGUUAGACUCAGUGAUUUAAUGGUGUCAGUUUUUCUCCUUUUGAACUGAACUGAACAGUGGGAGUGGAAUAGACUACUCAAACCAUCACCCUUUCCCUGUGGGGUCCAUAAGACAAAGGAUGAUGUAAGCCUUUUUCAUCGCUGAUGUCUCCCAGACCUCUCACCUGUCUCCCAGCUUGUAAAAGCACUAGGGUGUCUUGUUAAUGUCUGUUUAAUGGCUGAGUGAUGUGGGUCAUGUGAGGUACUACAUUAACUGUUUCCGUCAAUGGAAGCUUAAUGGAUGAUAACUUGGCAGCAUGGAGAAGAAAUCCUCCAUCCUGUAUGAUCACCUGAUGGUGCACCUUUGUCUUUAAGCCACUAUCUGACCUUAAAGGGAUAUUCUGGCGUGAAAUUAAGUUGGGGUCAAACACACCGUAGCACCAAGUUAGACACCCCCUCGAGAGAUGAAAGUUGCCGACCGCUUGCUUCUCUAGUUAUACCAACUUUGGUAACGACCACCCACUCUCUUCCAGCAGCCGCUUGUUUGUAGGCAGAGCUCAGAUGAGUCCAUUACGGACUGCAGCGGGAUGACGCAGCUCAAGGAAGAACAUUUAUGAUCAUUUCUUUAUCAUUUCCUUGAAGUAAUAAUCAUCAUAUUAAUCAUUUUGCAUGCGGUAGUUCUUCUGUCUUAGUGUCUCGGUCGGAUUGCAUUUCCAUGAAGAAAUGCUUAAUCCAAAUGUUUAGUCCAAAUAUUUGAAAUGGACGAUUGUGUGUUUUGGUCAAACUUCUCCGAAUAGCAUUAAUGAUAGAGCCUUGACAAAUUAUCAGUCUUUUCGCGUGUUUUUUUUUCACACACUGUAUAUACACCCUAGCCUCAAGUAGACUCACUGACCCUGAAACCAAAGGCUUCAUUUGGAGAUUCCUUCAGGGGUCCGUUCCAGCUGCGUUGCAUUCCAAGCGUGAUAUGUUCUGUUAUUUCUCAGGCUCCCACUUACUAACAAAGCAGCAGACUGGGGAUAAUAAGUGAUGCUGUGGCUGCACUGCAGCCCCUCGUCAGUACUCCUGAAGUUACCACAGAGCACGUUAGAAAACCAGAAUGAAACCCCAGUAGAGUUGUCGUGAAUGCAUGUGGAUGGAUGACAAAAAAAGGAUGCAUGACUUUACUAAAAUGAACACCUUUUUAAAAGUUACAAAGCCUUCCUCUUUCAUUCCCAGACCAGCUUUUGUCAAAUAGUCUUGACAGUGAAAAAGUUUGAAAAAAACAUGUUGUAGAGUGUUAAGAGUGUAAGAACAAAUAUUCUCCACUUUUAGUAAAAGAUUAUUCAAGGUUCCUUUUUUCUGACUUCACAGCAACCAAAGCUACAUAGUUAAGUGUAGUUUGUAAAUGUCUGUAGAGCUAGCAUGACCAUUCCUAAUGGUUGAUUUAGGUCAAAAUUCGAUCAUAUCUCCGUAGAAAAUGACUAAUGAACAGCUUAACUAUCAGGUCAAUCCAAUUUUUGACCGAGAUAAAACCCAAUUUUGCAGUAAAACAACAAAAAUCUUGUGCCAGAGCAUUGUGUCUUAAAUGUGUGAGAUUAAGAUCUCAUACUAACCAAUUGAUUUGAUAGUUUUGUGGAAAUUGACCUCAUUAAUUCUUGCUCGAAUGCUCUUGUCUUUGAAAAGUCCUCGUGAUAGAUUCUUUAAUCUUGUACACUGAACCCUUACGGGGUUAAUCUGUGUUUUCUUUAUUAGCAUAACAUGUCAAAACUGGGCCCAAAUACAACAUUAUCUCUCGGAGUGUUGCAAUCACAGCUCAUAAACCUUCGCUCAUUCGUUGAACCAUCAUAGCUUAGAGCUGCCUGAGGCUGCAACGAGAGAUGGCCAAUAAAGAUCUGACAAUAUGUGGAGGGAGAUCAAAAUCCCUGGAUGAAUCCGGUUUCCAAUUUCAUUUAGAAGCAAAAAUGCCUUCAGGCUCAGUCCCACAGUUCUGCAUUUUCUGCUGAUUAAAUCUGGCUGUGCAAUGGAUACGGGGUAAAGCAAAUAACUCUGAGAUACAAAUAAUUCACUGUUGACACUGUGAGGGAAAUCACAUGUAGUUGUGUGUGUCUGAGCCCACCAAGUAGCACCUUCAUUUAUGUGUCCGAUACUGUCCUGUGCUGGGCCUCUCUGGUUCAGCUGCAACCAUGAGUGAGUGUUUUUGAUCUUUUAGAGUGUUUGCCGCGGUCUGACCCAGUAGCUGUUUAUUCCAGGGAUUUUACUAGAUUUAUUAUCUUGGUAUCAAAGAUGUGACCAGCUUUUACCGUGGAAAAAUGUCACCAAACAGGGAGGCGUAAUCCCCUCUGACAAAGCCUGCCUUUCUCUUCAUCUAUCAAAAACUCUGCAUGCUUAUAUUGUGAAAACAUUCUCAAAUAUGUGUGAUGAAGUGCUUGUUUUUGUUUCGAGUUUUGGAUUAGGCUUAAAGCUGUAGAAAUAAAAAAAAAAAACUGUGACAUGAUCCCUGACUUUUUACUGCUUCAACGCUGCUAAACUCCAUAUAUGGAAGGAUAAUCCCUGCUCGCAGGAUCUGUGGUGAUCUAUCCACACAAGUAUCUGUUUGAGUUAGAACAAAGCUCUUAUGUGAUCGGCUGUCACUCUGCCUGGACCAAAACAAUUCUGGCUCACCCUGAUUUGUUUAGAGCACAGUGGGGUACUCGCAUUUGGCCAAGUUUUGACCUCACUUACUCUGCUGGACUCGGCCUGCAUCUUAAAAUAACACGCUACGUGUUGUGCUGAAAUCUCUCUGACAUACCUUGUGGCUGCUGAGCUUGUUUACCGCGGUGAACUUGAGCUGUGCUUGCUGUUGGAGAUCACUGUAGUAGAUAGGGGCUACUUGUGUCUCAGUACGAUACUGUGCAUCAAACCAGGAGCUUUUCAAAAUGAAGAGUGGUAGAUUUUUUAGAGGUGGGUUGAGUGAGGUAUGAGCUACAUUGUAUUCAUCUGGGCUGUAUUUUUCAGUUUUCUCUUUUUGUGAAUGUCUUUUAACUUUCUAAGGGUCUAGAUAUUCUAUGCUAAUCUCAAUUUCCAUCUUUUCAAAGCUCAGAUAAGUCGUAUAAAUCACAGAUUAGAUGAAUGAGGGUGUUAGGUGUGGCUCUUUUCUGCAAAUCCAAACUCAUUAAUAACUCUUCCUGACACUGCAAACGUACAAAACCUCCCUCUUGUGUUCUGAAUUCUUAAGUAGGUCAUCGUGACUCACUUAUUUCCAUCCAAAUGUAAAACUUUAAAAUGCUUUUCACUGUAUCUCCUCUUCUCAGAAGAAGACCCCUCAUCCUUUUUUAGGACAACUUCUAAUCUUUUCCUAAUUCAGUGAUGGACAGGGGUGGCUUUAAUACCUCAGUACCUCAUUUUUAGCUGAGAACAUUGUCUUUAGUGCUGACUGGUGAUAUAAAGCAGAACAUCAGAAUAAACAGAAAUAUGCUUUUAGUGCAGCAUGCCUACAAUCUACAGAGUUUCAUGGUAAGAUCACACUGCAUACACUGUCAAACACUGUGUAAUGACAGAUGAAUCAAAUUCCUACUUCACAUAUACUACAGGCUGAUGUUGGCUCUCUUAAAUGUUGUCAGGAAAAGUAAUCCUUCAUGUGUAUUCAGACAAUGCAGAAAUUAGGUCAAUAGAAGCAGUACUAGGGAAGGAAGCUUUGCCAACAUCUCUGUUUAAUUGGAAUUAUAAUUAGUAUCAGUGUGUAUUAACAGAUAUGGUAAAUGGUAAAUGUUUAUAUAGCGUUUUAUCGAGGCUUCUGACAACUCAACAUUACAGUGGCCUGUUUUUAAAGCUGAGCUAAUCGAAGCUACUUUCUCUGAAAACUGUGAGCUUUUCUGGUGCUGGUGUAUGCAAAUCCACCGCAUCACUACUGUCAUCAUCAGAAUCUACUUUUCCUCUGACGUUAGACACUGACAGAUCCCUCAGCCUAAUUUUAAUUUCUCACAUCAGCUCUUCUGAUUUUUUUUUUUGCUCUGGUGAGCUCUCUGUCUCGUAGAAAUAGAGUGCAGUAAAAAAAAAGUGGUUGAAGGCCAAUAUUCACCAAUCUAUAAUCAGCAUUAAAAGUUAUAAGUAUCACACUUAUGAUGUUUAAGUGGUAGAUCAAACAGAAAGGUGGUUGACAAGAGAUAUUAGAUGCCAUAACAGUGCACAUCCAGGCAGGCAUAACUAAUCAACCACUGGUCACAGUUUUGUCGAGAAAUGUCUAAAUAAGUUUGCACCACAACUAGGGCUGAGCGAUAAAACGUUAAUGAUACAUAUCGAAAAUUAAUUUCCCCCGAUAUCAAUAUAAAACAUGGUAAAUAUGCUUUUUCAGUAGUCGGUUUUCUGCCAUGUUUUGGGAGACUAUACGAAUAGCCAAUGAAAAGGGGAGUUGCUCUGGGUCCGCUUUGUGCUGAACCAAUCAUGUGCUGAAUUAGAACCAAGUAGCAAACAACUGUGUAUUAGCAGGCUGCAGCUACACGCAACUAUAGCACUUGAACAUGUGGAGCCGACAGCACUACAAACCCAGAGCGGAGCAAAUUGCCUAUGGACACAGUGUAGAGACACAAAGACCUCACAGAUGCAUUAGCUUAUUGUAUUGCAAAGACAUGCUACAAAUAAGCACUGUCAAAUUUCAUUUUUUUAUGUCGUGAUACAUAUUAAUAUUGACUAAUAUGAAAAAACAUAGUGAUAAACUUUUUCCCAUAUCGCCCAGCCCUAACCACAACAAUUAUUUGCCCGUACACAAAUGCUUCCAAAUAUAUUUUGAGGUUGCAUAUUAAAUUUCAGGAGCAUAGAGAACCAAAGUGGUCACAAUAUCAAACCCUGAAAUGGGCACCACUUUUAAAGAGCUGCACCCUGUUAAUGGUCAUGGUGCUACAAGCAGCAAUAAAAGAAGCGGUGCAUCUCUCUUGGGGCUUGUUUUAUCGUGAUUAAGCUUUUGGAAUGGGAAGCACUUGUUUAUGACACCUGUGAGAGACAAGAUACCAGAAAGCCUCCCUGUAAAGUGCAAUCACUCAGAAAUUGUAAUCUAAUUUAAGUACGGACAAGUAGUAAAAUUGAAUUGUGAAAACAGUCGAACAAUCAUACAUAAGUAUUUAUCACUUUACACUCUUAGGUGAUUGGUGCAUUAUGCAACAUUCAUGGUGCAAAAAUGUAUCCCAGCAUUCACCUCCUCAUAUCUUGUAAACAAACAUCUGCUGUCUGACCUUGCAUGACAGAGCAAGAUUCUUUCCCAUAAAUAAUCCCGUCGGUGCUGCUCAAAUUAAAUUUGCAGACUCACCCAAUUUUCAGGCUAUCCAGCUGAGUGGGGGACGUAUGUCUCGAAUUACCUUUUUAACUGCAGACCCUCAUAUUAGAUUGUGCCUCACGUACACACACAAACAGCCUAUGCUGUGAUCCUAUUAGCAAUAUGAGUGCAUGCAGUGUCGCUUGAACAGAAACCCCCAGGUAGUGAAAGUGCUUGUUGUUGCGGUACGUGACAUGAUCUGUAUCGCAUGAAGAUCAAAAUGGCAAGAAAACAAACACUCUCAUUCCUCCAGACCCUGGCCCACACCCGAGGCCCAUACCACAGCUAUAUCAGGCUGGCAGGCUGACGGGGGCUCGUUUGUAGGGGAUGAGACAAAUGUGACGUGUCUGUCUGAGAAUGGUGUCAAAGAGAGCAUGGAGCACUUGGAGGAAAGAGGGAACGGAAAUCUUUAUAUGGAAGCCUAUAUUCAGGCGUGCAAGUUCGGGGAUUUGGAGUUUAAUCUGACUGCUUGUAUGUUAAACUUCUGUGUGCAUGAGUGUGUCAUUGUAAUAGCAAGUUGGUGUCCUGCCCAGAUACUGGCAGCUAGCCACCAGAUCUGGGCCAUGGAAGGAGGAAGAGGAGGAGUUGGACAUGCCACGAUCCAGAGGACUGUUGACUGACAGGAACAGUGGCUGUGAACAAACUAGCCAAUGAGUUUGAGGCAGGCAAACAAGACCACAGCACAACAAGCUUGUAUUCAGAUAAUGUCAUAUGUCUGGACUCUGUUGUGGUGCUGCAUAUUUGAGAUCAAAGCAAAAAUGUGAUGUUCAGACAUAAGGACUGCUCUCUUUGGCAGUAAUCUUACAUAUUAAGGAGGAGUUUCAUCAAGUCAAAACACUGCAAGUGUGUUUGUUUUGUUUGCCAAAGAAGAAAAGAUGUAAACAGAGAAUACUCACAUAUAUUUAUUCUGGCAUGCAUAUUUCUCUCUUGUGCCAGCACAAAUUCUCCCCCCUAGGCGAGUGCUCGAGUAUGAUAGCACCUGCACCGACACGUGAUGGGACUAGGCAAAGAUCAGAGGAAACCUUUUCUGUGUUUGUUUCUUGUAGUGUUUGAAAAAGCACAGCAGACUGGAGAGCAAAGACAGGACUGAAAUAGGAGAGAUCAUACCGUUCAAAUAUCCCCACUUGUGUUAGUGUUUCUGUUUAAUGUGCCAUUGAAUAUGUGACAUGGGUUCAGUUGUUAUAAAAUGUAGAACAAUGUUGUUCUAAGCAUCUAAAGAGGCUGUUAUUCAGGGUCAUUGUGAACAGCCGAGUGACUUAUUUUUUAAGCCAAAGGUAUCAGAGCCAUUUGGAUAAAACUUGCAUAACUGGGGUGAUAUAAGUUGUAUUUGCUGUAAUUGGCAUUUGCAAUCCCUUCUGGAGUUGAAAUCGACUAAAACUUUGCUGGUCAAAAUCAGAUUUGGCAUUUGUACACAAGGCUUCAGAUAUUUUUGUUGUUCUGAUUCAGUUCCGCACCAAACUCUUUUUUUGAGCGUACAUGACUCUGAUGUUUUACCCAUGAGAUGCAUGUUACCCAGAGUUUUUCAUAAGCCACAUCUGUUGAACAAUCUUUCAAGACGAUUCUUGGCAUUUUUUGACAUAAUCAGCAUGAUAUCAGCAUCAGACCUUAUAGGCUGACAUCACAGUGAUCUUUUCUAUAGGAAAACCCUGCUCCCAUCCUUAUUGAUGGCAAACCAAAUCUAUAACAGUCACGAGCUAGCGUUUCAUACAGUUUUAUAUUGCUUUAAACAUAUUUAUCAGCCAUAUCCUGGAAUCUGUGAUAACAUCAAUUCCUUCAAAACCUAUCUAAAACAUGUCACUUACACAUGACUCUUCUUUUUCUUUUAAUUUUAUAUUUGCCUUUUUUUUUUGUCUUUUAUUAUAUGCAGGCUGUCAGCCUGUGAUACAGCAAAUGUGCAGAUUAUGAACCAAUAAAGUGCAUAUGCACCUGGGGUGCAAUUUUUGGCUGAAACCAAAAACUGAAAAAUGAGAAAACCAAGUUCGAAAACAAAAACACUGAAAGAAAUUAUUAUGCCAAUUUUUUAGUACCAUUGCAUUUAUGGCUAUGACUGUGUACUAACCUCACUAAUAUUAAAACAUUGCAAUUCCAUAAAUUGAUAUUAACCAAUACUUAGUAUUAAUUUAUGCAAUUGCAACAUGAGUUUGGAGUCAGUGUGUCGCUGCAUGUUCUGUGUUGUUUACACCUAUAGACGGCGCCUGUGAAUCAGGGGCAAAAACAACUCAAAUGUUCCAAGAGCAGAAAUAUAUUCGGCUGCAACAUCCACCACAGAUGGUGUGGCCGUGCGCAGAGGGAUUUUUCCUGUUCUGUGCCUUGUUCUUCUCAUAUUCAGAAUCAUAGAAUCGUGAUCGGGAUGAUUCUAGCGUGCUGGUUGCGGUUUUUGCUUGCGUCAUCACAACGUCUGUUUCGGCCAUGUUGUUUUGGUGAUAAAGAUCUUCCGGAUGAAAAUUUACUUUUGGACCAUUUUUGGCUGAAAAUUUUUGGUGACUGAAUUUUCCGUGCAUCCCUAAUGUAAACACAGGGGGGAGCAUUUUCACACAGACUACUAUUUUGUUGUUAACCACCUCAGAACUAAUUGGCUACUUCUGGAGUCACUGUCAUUGGUCAAAAAAGCCCUUCUUACAUAUCUGGCAAGGCAGGUUUAUUUGUAUAGCACUAUUCAUACACAAGGCAGUUCGAAGUGCUUUACAGAUGCAAGGAAAUACAUUAAAAAAUAUUUAUUAAUGAUAUUAAUAAUGAUUGAGGAUUUAACUUUAAUAACCCUAACUCAUAUUUAUGGGACCUAAUGUGAUCUGUUAUAUGAGUUAUUGCUCAUUUAAAGUGAAUAGAUUUUGUGUAUUCAUCAGUGUAAUGAAGAAAUGAUGAUGUCGAGUCAGUCAGUAAAUUGCUUUUGAGGAUAUUGAGAUUUGAUAAUUAUGCAGCUCUCUCUCUUGUACGCACAUAUACUCGAACACACAUUCACAUAACCCACACUUAGUCCAUAUCCACCAGCACUUCUUUUUUAAUUACAAGCUUUCUCUUUUGCACACAGGUGAAUGAGACCUCUAUUACAUGGUAGCUAUUUCAGCUAGAAAUGGUAAUGUACUUUUGCUGUAUAAGAGAGAGUGAAAGCAUGACCGAAAGGAGGCUGACUUUCUUCACAAAGGGCUUUAAUUAGACUGUACCGUCAAAGUCAUUACAUACAACAACAAAGAACGUAAAGACUGACAUAAAGUAGAGCAAACACAUCGAACAGAAAAUGAGGUCAGAGCAUUUGUCUCUUGUUCAGUGUGUACAUUAUUUUUACACAAAUACCCACAUUUGCUCUAUGUUACAGUAAACAUUUGAUGAUUAUUUUGUCUUAUUUCUAUUUGUAAAGAAAACUAUUUUUUCUGUAUUUUAACUGAAGAUGUAAAUUGCUGUGCUUUUCUUCUUUCUUUCUCAUUUACUAGUGGUUAAAACAUGUAAUGCCUGGCAUCCAGCUUAAAUAAAAUUGGCUUGUUAGCAUUGCAUAAUAUCAGGGGCUCUAACCAGCACAAUGCAAAGAGGAAUGUGAAGCACACUUUCAUCUUCACUUACAAAAAAGUGGGCUGCUCUGUUUGGAUUGAGUGAGCAAUGCAAGCUUCAAAGGAUGGCAUGUUGGAUUUCACUCAACACUGUGUACCUGAUUCACUUCUUUUAUUCGGUUUAUUCAGACACCAAAAGCAUUUUCUGUGUCGUGGCCUGACAUCUCUUUAAAGUAGGGUACCUUCUUUGGGACUGGAUACAACUACUGUACUACACCAUAUCAGGAGAUGUCAUAAACCAUACUCACAGGGCAGCAUUUCCUCUCUGAAGUAACAGUCUAUAUGUUUUAUGUUAAAAUAGUCCACAGAAAUUGAUUACAAAAAAAGUUGCUUAAAAAUGUAGUCAAAAGUUGGUCGGUGAUGUGAUCACAGGCAUAAUGUUGUGUCUGGACUUACAGAGACAACAGCAACUAGGAAGUGACAGGUAAACCAAACAUAGCAACAAGGUGACAGCUGAUGCCUCACUUGAGACCUUUCUUAUCACAGGAACAUGUUAGUAGUAUGCAAAUGUAUGUAAACAGGCAUGUUGGUUCAACUGAACAGUCUAAAGCUAGUGCCCCACUGUUUUUUCAACUCUCUUCCUUAUCUUGCUUCUUUUUAGCUCCACUUCUGCCAUUAAAAGGUCAGAAAACUAGCAGUUAAGCAAAAAGGUAUUAACCUCCCUUAAAAAAGAUAUUAAUCAAAGAAACAUUUUUGCUGAAGAAAAAAAUCCAUCGGUGCUACAGCAGUAGCCGCGGAGGAAGAGGAGGAACUAGUAUGAAGGCGCUUGUCUUUGCUACAGCCGUAAGUGUGAAAUUAUUCUACACAUGCAUACAUGCUCCAUAUGCUGACUACAUCAUGCCUUGGGGUAGCAAUAAAACUUCAACAGCUCGCCCCUUGCUGAAGUUAAUAGGCUUCCCUGGGGAGUGUGAGCUUGAUACUGACUGAUGUCUUUAAGUCACCCUAUUGAGUUUACAUCAUUCCAUGUUUUAUCUGGCUUGCUGCAAGUAGAGACAGUUUUAAUGGCAAUCGUUUAUCUCUUUUCAUCUGAGCCGGUCCUAUAUAUUCUGUUUGGCAAGUGGAGUUUCGAGAGCCUGAUGAAUUUGACGAAGUGUAAUUAGUGCCAACCAUAAACAACCGGAUUCCCGCUGAGCACUGCCAUGGGUGGCUGCCCUCAUUACGACAAUCUGGAGUUUCCCUUUUGUCCUCAAAUGUGUCUGAUGUAGAGCCAGCUGCCUACUCUAAGAGUUUAACAGAGGGACCGAAGAGUGGAGAAGAACAAAGUAGGGAGAUGUCCUCGUGCAGAAUCAUAUUUGAAUAUAGAGAGUGACGCGAUAUAGCUGCGAUUUGAAGCUUAACCUCCUGGAACAGCUCAGAUGCUUUUCCAUCCCUGGCAUCAAGAUGCACAAUAAAAAUGACAUCAUGGCUGAUAUUCUCCAAGGUCGCUCUCCAUUCCAGUCAUUGUGUAGCUGUUUGAAUUGCAUGCUUAUUCUAUCACUAAUAUUAUGUCUACUUGUCAGAGGCUUCCCAGGGUUCAUUGUCAUUGGGAUGCUUGAGUCAUGGCAUAAUCCUUUUACCAUUGGGACAGAGUUGCUAGCUUAUGUUGGAUCAGGUUUGAAUACCCUUAUUUGAGUCUUUUAUUAACAGCUUUUUUGGGAUGACUGCUGUUUUUUCCACCCUAUGGCUGUUGCAUUUUUAAUCUCACUUUUUUAUAUAAGACACUCCAUUGGAGCACAUGCGUUUUGUUUGCAUGCAAAAAAAAAAACCUCCCUACCCAUUUCUCUCUAUCUGGAGCGGCCAACUUUUCAGGCUGGCCUAAAGGUCAUGGUGAAUUCUCUGUUGUUGUUGUUGUCUUGGGAACAGGGUCUUGGCCUGAAGACAUGCUUCAUAGAUCAUUGCAAACAGCCGUCUGCCCCUCCUUUGGCCUCAAAACCAAGCUGGUCUGUGCACACAACCAACCGUGGCACAUGGCUCUGGGGAGGAAACAUCUGUGCCUUGCAUGCAGACACCACAAAGUUUUGUAAACACCGAUGAAGGGGUGCGCUGUCUCUGUCUAUCAGUGUAAUUUGAAUUCUAAUUCUUAUUCUGUACUGUGUUUUGUACAUGUCAAAACUCUGAAACUUAAGUGAACUGUGUGAAAACCAGCUUGUCUCAUAACUCAUGUAAAAAUAUAUUGCGUUGUCUGAGGCAGUCAUUUUAAUAUUUAUGCCUUGAAGCAUAUUCCUGACAGUUAUCUCUGUUAGCUUUACAUUGCUGUUCAGGUUUCUUUGCUGUGAAAAUCCUUGCAUUGACAUGAAUUUAUGAUUUAGUAGCAUGUCAAUGUCUUAAAAACCCUCCUCCAGCUCUGCGUGUUUUCCAGCAAAGAAUAACAAUGUCAUAUGAAGCGUGAAGACUCGUAUCAUGCAAAAACUUUGAUUCAGGUUCUGUGGAGCUUGGCAUGUUCCCCUGCCACUGGAAUUUCUCGGUCAUUGCAUGUAUUUGUUUUCCAACUACACUCAUGUCUUUACGUAGAAGACCUUUUACUCUUGACUGCAGUGUGGUGGUAUGUUGGCUCUAAGUGAUGUCAUUCCCAAAACAUAAUGCAUUAUGAUAAUGCAUCAUUACAGCAGCUUGUAGAUCAAUAAUGCCUGUGGAGGCUUAAUGAUAAUGCACUGUUGUGCUGUUUGGAUGCAAUAAAGCGGUUUGUUUCACAGUAUCAGUGGUGUAGUGUGCCCAGCUCCUCAUCAGUCCUGACUGUUUAACUCUCAUUAAACGACAUAUGGAGUAGUUUAGUUAGGAACAAUGUAGCUCGCUGCCCAUUACAUUCAGAGGAAGGAAGUGGUCAUGGGUAAAAGCAGGACUAAAUCUUUAUGCACUUGGAAGAGUCUCUCUGACUUUAAACUUAGGACUAGGUUUGCCCCGGUUUGAUCAUACUGGUCUUAAUGUGAUAAAGCUGGUACUACUUUCCAACACAGUUACUAUUAACCAUAAACCAUAAACUAUAUGGGGGCAGGACUGGUCACCCAGAUUACUAGGAAAAUAGAUGCUUAUCACAUGACCAUCACAGAAUCAGAAAAGCCCAUUUUUGAACAGUGCAUCAACAUUGAAAUAAUCGAAGCAGUAGUAAUAUUAUUGAAUUUCACUUUGGUGAUCAAUAAAGUUCUCCUUAUCUUAUCUUGUCUUAUCCUACGUGGAUUUUCAAAUAAAAUGUAUUGAUCAGUUCAUUAUUUUAUCAUCUGAGCUUAACAAACACAUGUACCAGUAUUUCUGUUACCAUCUAUACACUGAUAUUAUGGCACUUUGAUGAUUUUGCUGAAGGUAGUCAUACUGUUAGAAUCAAAUACCAGCCUGAUGCCUUGUAAGGACUCUGCAGCUUGAUCAGGUCACUUUCCUACUGCUGUCAUGUGCAUGUUAAGUUAAAGAUAUAUACACUGUACAUAUACAACGAUUUGUAUAGGUUCACACCCAAACAUGGCCAUGUUCACAGCUCUCACAUCUGCAUAUGUUCACAUCAAAAUUCACCUCCCUCAUGCUGGCAGCAAAUAUUAGUGUUGGAUUAAACAUUAAAGCCUGAGUCAUGUUUAGCAAGUGGACCCUCUUAAACAAAAAAAUAAAAAGGCUUUCAGUGUAAACAGACUCCCAACCUCUAAACCCAUGGCUCUUAAUAGUUUAGAGGCACAACACUAACAAUUCCUUAUAUAGUUGGGUGCCUUGCCCAGGCAGACUGCAGUAUAGAGAGGGUAAAAGCAGAAUGCCAUGCCUGCAGGGAUGAAUUUAGGGCAAGGGAGUGGUUCAUGACUAAUUUCUGUUGACUCAUGGCUUUAAUGAGAGUCAGGACAUGACUGGUGCAGAGUUUGAAAUAGUUCAUUAGUCUGUUGACAUUUUUCAUUUUUGAGAAGGUUUAUCAAGAUUAUUCCAUGUCAGCUGGGAUCAGUUUUUUUUUUUUUCAAAGUUUCAGCUUGGUGCCUUUUAGAAAGUCAGUGAAUGUCUCACUGCUACCCUGGUAACUGGAUACUGUCAACAUGAUAUGGAAUCCCUUUCCUGUGGAAAAAAAGUGUAAAAUACAAGUCACAGAUUAGAUUGUUUUUGUCAUAGUUUGUAAGAAAGCUGGUGGCUAAUCAGUCUGUCAUUACAUUGAGCUCACCAUGCAGGAAACAGGUGCCAACUGGUCAGAGAGCUCAACAGGUGUGUUGUGCUUUCUAGGCCCCCCAUAUCUACACUUCACAACCAGCAGUGAUGUAAAUAGCUUGUCAUUGUAGUAAAUCCAAAGGACCCAUGUGAUUUGAGUGGGUCCAUGUGAAACUUCAUGGUUCUCAAAUAAUCAUGUAUUGUUUUCUGAGAAAUAAUAAGUAUUUAUAAUAACAGAAAGAUAAUCAGGUGUAUUCCAAAUGUGCCAGAAAUUAAAAGAAGAGUUUAGUGUGGCUUGUGUUAGCAGGCUAACAUUAAUUCAUGCACAAGUAGUCUAACCUUUCUGUACUGUGGGUUAAGCAUACAGUCUAUGGCUCUGAAUGUGAAAAAUGAACUGUAUCUUUGGGACAAACUGCUGGUGUACAUUUCUAAUCUAAUGUAUUAGAGAUGCAGGAUGCAUCGUAAAAUCUUUAAAAGAUUAACACUUGCAGACCUUUCAUCAUUUGGGACUGAUUUCAAGAUGUGGAAUUUGCCAUUCUUGUGUUCCCUCUACAUAAGAAAGUUACCUGCUGCUAAUUCAUAAGCAGUUGUGAAAAAUAUGAGUGAGUUUUGUGAAAUUAAAUUUACCCCCAAAUUUUUCCUUGUAUGUAUGGUUGUGUUUCAUAUUCAGGUGUCCUUAUUUUUGUGUGAUUGUAAUAAAAAAAGUCUUUUCUGCUCAAACUAAUACACUAAUUCUAUUUAGCUUGUAUCUUUGACUUGAAUUUGCACCUUCCAGGAGAGCAGAGCACCUGAUUAUGACAUUGAGAUGACAUAUGCCCUCUUGUCUUUUGUCUGCAGGGGAAUUAGCUCCAGCCCUGUGGCUUUGUCUGAGUCAGCAAGUUUUGGUGUUUUCACACCUCCUAAUACUCAAGACAGCAGGGAGCAGUGUAUCCUGGCAGGUAAGCAGAGUGACUAAUUCUCUUCCCUGUUAUUUUCGAGAUCAUAUCUGCACAGUUAAUCAGAUCAAAGUUGCUGCUUGGAUUUGACAACCUCUCACUACACGAAAUGAGUUUUGUCUGUAUUUAAUUUGCUAUGAAUCCUGUCAUCUCAUACUUCGUGCUUCUUAUUUCAUUUUUAGUGAAAUUGUAUAUCACAUAUAGACGAGGCUUCAUUUGCUUAGGGAGCUUUCUUCUUAUGAACCUAGGUGGGUUGGGAGCUGUUUAUAUUAUAGGCCUUUAAAAGCCACUGAGACACAAGUAAGAUUAGGUUGUACAAAUGAACUACAGCACCACAGGGAAACACAACAACACAAAUAAACACAACAAAGGUAAAAGACUGGCUGCUUUUGGUGCUGUUUUCAUUCACAACUCUGCUUCGUGAAAUAUUUAAAGUGGGCUUGGGUUGGUCAUGCUUGCGCAGGGUCACUGGUAGCCAUUCUGUGCUGCCUAGGCUAAUGUUUGUUAGUUCUUUGUCUGUGUGCCUGCCCCUCUAUAAAUCUUCCUUUUUAUAACCAGUGCUCUCAUGCUUUGGCACAGAGGGAGUAAAUACUACAAAGCAGUCAAAUUUGUCAGAGUGUUCUACAGCCCCACCCUGGUAAAUCUUCCGGGGUUGUUUGUGUCUGUCUGUAACUUAGUGUUAGUUUAGCUUUAGUUAGUAUAGCAGGUCCCCCCCGAAAAAUCCCUGUUUGAUCAUUUCACACAGUGAUGUUCAUUUUUGGUUAAAUUCAAGCAGAGUUCAAAUGAUUCAAUAGAAAUGCAAUGUCUGUUAGAUGAGACACACUCAUCGUCUCUUGCUGGGAAAUGAUUUCAUCCCUCAUGACUUCAUGUCAACGGUAUUUCAGAAUCGUAGUUUCAUGUCACCUUCGAAGCUUUGCAGCUAUUUUUGGACAUGUUUUGUUUUUGUUCUGUUUUGGUAGUUAUCUGCUGUGAUCACUAAUACUGCUUAGUUGUGCUGUGCCAGCAAGUCCCUUUGUGCUUCUUAUGGCUGUCAUAUCUGCUCCACUUUAUAAUCACAUUACAUACUUUCAGUCCCAUUUUUCUCUCCCUCCCCCCGGCACUUUUGAUCAGCUUUGUGUGUGAAUAUUGUCUUGCAAACAGUCAGUGCUGCUACUGCGACUGAAAGAAAAUUUCAGUGGAUUUCAGGAGCAGAUGGAAUAUAUGAGAGUUUGCCUUUCUGUCCAGAACUUCAAUAUUUAGGGGACAGAUUGGCAACCAGAUUUAGAGGCUUGAAAUGGCAUAAGACAGUGCUUCAAGAUGUUGCAUAAAUGCUAGACCAAUCUAAAUUUCUACAAAGUCAUAGAGGAAUAGUGAUAUUGUUUAACUGUGCCAGUAAUAUGGCAAAGGUUUACUGUACUGAGAUAAUUGGUGGUGGUCAUAGUGGACCACCCUAGUGAUUGUUCAUGUCACACACUGACAUCACUGUAGUUGUCCACUGUUUCAACAUGGUGUUUGUACCAGCAGAUCUUAUAUAAUUCCAGGGCCUAAUUAGCAACGAAGUCCCACGUUUGUUGUCUCUAAAUGAACUUUGAAGUGGUUUGAGCUUAAUUGGACUUGCCAACUCUUCGACUGAAUCCAAGCCAGCCACAGCACAAUGCUGUCUUCACAGGCUCUCACAGAUAGACCAUGCACCAUCCAGUCCUAUCAAGGUUGAGGGGGGAUCUUUAGGGAAAAUGACUUGAGUGGGUUCUUUUCUAACAUAAUUACCUCUAAAUGCUCUAAAACUUGAGCACAUGAACUUUGAAAGUGUCACCAUUAAAUGAUGUUGAGUGUUUUAUGUUUAAAAUCAAAUAUGACAAAGUUUUGAAUUAAAGUAUUUAAAGGUAUGACUCAUAUAACAUUUUAAUUGUACAUUAGAAGGACUAACGGUUUACUUGUUGUAAAAAUGUAUCGACAGUGCAGUUGUUUUACUUGUAUUCUUUGCAGUUUAGCAAUUAAAAAAGUAUUUUUUCUGAAAUUUGAGAGAGCCACACUUGAUUGCGUCAUAAAAACUAAGUAAUGACAUGUUCUGUUGGUAUCUUCUAGACCAGUGGUUCUCAAGUCCAGUCCUCGAGGCCCACUGUCCUGCAUGUUUUGGAUGUUUCCUUGCUCCAACACACCUGAUUCAAAUGAUUAGAUCGUUACUAAACCAUUACAGAGCUUGAUAACGAGCUGAUCAUUUGAAUCAGGUGUGUUGGAGCAGGGAAACAUCCAAAACAUGCAGGACAGUGGGCCUCGGGGACUGGACUUGAGAACCACUGCUCUAGACCCUAUAAGUGCCACGAAAAUACAAGAGUAAUGAGUACUGUAGGUUUUUCACCCCUGUUUUAACCGGCUCUUUGUGCUCUGCUGACUUGCUUGUGGCUCUGCUCCAACAGCUGAGAGAGGCAGUGCUGUCCCUCAAUCAUGUCUGACCACUCUGAAGCCCAUGUGUAUUGACUGGCUGUAUGUGUGUAUAGAUCCAUCAAGAUUACACAUUGUUGACUCAUAGAAGCUCUUUAAGUUACUCUCUCUAUUGAUUGCUGCAUUUCCUCGCUGUGAUUGUCCUUGAUAAAUGGAUUAGGAUGUGGCCUGUGCUUUUUGCUUCUACAGUUACCACUCUCACACUGCUGACUAAAAGUGCCCUUGCUAUCAUUGCCUCAACAGUAAACAAUGUAAAGUUUUCCCAUUAAGACCCUGUUGAUAAGCUUUAAAUCAAUUACGCUCCAGAAAGUAUCUUUCCGACAGGAAAUGUAGUGUGAGAAUGGGGAAAGAUGAACCAUAGCUAGUUGCGCGUCCUUGAAGCUUAUCAUGUCAAUGCAGCCAAGGACAGAGGAGAUCAAUAAAAGAGUGGGUGUCGGGAACAUGUAUUCCCAUCACACUCCUGCUCCGACGCACUCUUUCUCAAUCCCUGACUUUCCCUGAAGGCCAUGCUAAGUGGACUGUGGAAACCGGCAGCUGUCGGAGUUCUCAUCACAGAGAGAAAGUGGAUUCCACCGAGGGAGUCACAGAAGUCUGAAACAUCAAUAUCAAAUGAUGUAUGGGUCAGCUCUCUGCUCAGUUAUUAGUCAGAGGGAACCUCAGAGAGACUGAAGUCACAAGUUCAUGAAGUGACACAUUUUUUUUGUCAUGUGUCAUAUCUAGGGGAAAAUAAUUAACCACAAACUCUUACUUGUCAGAUUUUGUUUUGAUCUAAAACAUUUGAUACAUCCCAACAAAGGCUGGUUUUCAUAUCUGAUCUUUUUAUAGACUGAAUGUUCCACGGCAUGAUUUGGGCUCAAAACCACAAAUAAGCAGACACAAAGCAACUUUUCAAACACUAAUAGUGACUUUUUUACACAUGGCACACAAUAGACGUAAAAGUUAUUCACAAGACUCUGAUAUUUAAAUAACCAAAAAGUGUAUUUUCCAAGAAAAUACUCAAAAGCACUGACCAUAUGUUUAUGCUAUUGUCUUGCUUUUCCAUUCUGUCACCUGCUGGUGUAACAAAGGUAAAAUGAUGUCAGCUUGACACCCUAGCCUUUGAGGUCUAGUUGCAGUCUUGGUAUACGCAGAAAGCCUUUUCAAAAACAUUUUGUAGAGGGGCGGGCGGCAGUCCCCCCUAAAAUUCCACCAAGCUGUGACCCCCUGUCCCCUCCAUGCUGCUUGCUAUAGUUAUCCCAGGCCUGUUUCUACUUAGUUAUGGCAGGAAUGUGCCAUUGCAUGAGAGGAGAUCAUCGUUCCUCACGACCUGCCAUGGCUCUUCCCUGGUCCUUAGUCGACGCUGCCAAGAUAAGGACAUGCUUUCCCACGCAGCCACCGUCCCAUUCAUCAAGGAAGAAUGUUGAUCUGUAUUAUGCAGGGAGCUUUGCUUUUUGCAGGCUAUUUACAGGAAGUAUCUGCUUUGUACUUUGCUUUGAAGGUUUUUAUUUAUCCAUGCAGUCACUUUUUUGAAUAAACCAAUGCACCAGUGUUUUAUGGGCAUGAAUUAAGAAAUAAAUUCACUUUGAAGAAGGCUUAAAGUACUGCGGUUGUAUUGACUCAAGGAAGUAUAGUGACUUUUAGCCUGUUAGCUUGGGAGGCACCAAAGCAACUGACUUUCUUGUUGUCAAAACUGAAAUUCAGAUUUUGACUUGUCUAAAGGUAAGAAAAUACUUUAAAAAAGCGUUAUAGGAUGGUUAAAUUGGUUUUUCAAGUGUGGCUAAUGUUAGUGGAGCUGGCACCACCAGCCUUGGUCCCUCUUGCAUGUUAACAUCCAUAUGCCUGUGCUGCUUACACAUCUCUUCAGCUGAGUGAUUAUGUGUCAGUUUAACCAAAUGGCCUACAUACAACUUCAUUGUAGCUGUCUUGAUCAAAAUACUCACAAACCAGCUUCAAGAUGCCAUCUGUCAUCUGUGCUUGUUUGCUUCCAGUUAGUAGGGAGUUAAAGCAUCAGAGUGGUUACUGACUGGAGCUACAGCCCUGGUCAGUGGUAGAUGGCUAAACUACACCAGACUGAAUAUGCAUAUCUCAACAGCUUACCAAUUUGAUCCGUAUUCAAGGAUUCCAAGAACUUUUUUAUUGGAUUGCCAUGAAAUGGAUGAUCAGGUAUUUGUGUUCCCCAGUGGAUGAACUUUACAACUUUGGUAAAAACCUGAGGAGACUCCAGCACGACCAUGAGGUUGACAUUUGUGAUUUGGGGAGGAAAAGCUCAAUAACUUUUAGAAAGAUCCCUUAGGGGGUAUUAUGUCUGGGUUAAAAAAAACUUGGAUUUUAAAACUUCUUCUCCAGUGCUUUGGUUUAUGACUGAAUGCUGGCUAACUGUACAGGAUAAACAUUGUAAAUAUUCUCCCAGCAUGUUAGCAUUUUCACUGAGGGCAUAUUAGCAUUUUGAUGGGAGAAUUUAGCUCCUUUAUGCCUCAUAGAUACUAGCAUAGCUGUGCACUCCUAGCCAAAUUUAUGUCUAUGAUUUGUUGCUUACAGAUCGCUACACAUUCUGCUCCUACAAAAUGUGAAUCAUCUAUCCUGUGAGUGUUACACUGCGACCACAAAAGCCUCAUUUAAGCUGCUUUCCCCCAUGCAUCUUAACCCAUAAAUGCGCUGGCAAGUUUCUGUGUCUCCCAUCAUGUGGUAUUAGGAGCUGGAGUCGAUUUUCUGUGUAAGAUGCUGUGAGUAAUUAUACCGCUCAUGACAUUCAUACCAAAUCUUCCAUCAUUUGCCCUGCUGGAAAGCAGAGCAGCACUAGUCAGAGAAAGAACAUGUUAAGGUCAAUGACAUUUUGCAUGCAUGUAUAAUGCAUGGCGUUAUCAAAACUGGCAAAUUAGCUUCUCUAUCUUAAAGUAAUUACCUCGAGGUUGAAUAGAGUGGAUCGGUCAUUUUGUCCUUGUGCAUGAGGAGGAAAUUUUGUAUUCCCUCGUAUUUCAGGUAACCUUGGUAACCUGAAGUUUGGAGCUUGUAUGAUGUCAUUAUUAGCUUGAGCACUUUUCUAGUAGGACAAUUGGUUGCUGCAAUAAGUGACGACUAAGACUAAUAUAUCAUGGAAGGUGCUUGGCUCUAUUUCACGUCGUCUUGCCAACCCUAAAGCAGCACUUCCGCGUAUUGUAGAGUGGGAAGUCCCUACUUUUGAAAGCUGAUCUGGUUACUUCACGUGGUGUCAUGUAAUCUCUGCUUGAGAUUUAUGGGCGACUAGUCUGCCCAGUGACUUUCAACUUGAUCUGCGACAAGCCCUUUCGUCUGGCUGCCUAUUGUUUCAACCUUGUCUUGCCUGGCUCUUCAAACAAGCUGAAGUUUCAGCUGUUCGGCCUCUGCCCCACUUUGCUUGGUUUGUGCUUUGAAGAUCAAAUGAGAAAUUGGAUUUCAUGCUUUGGAGUUGGUAUCAGAGUUAUAAUAGGAAUUUUUUUUUAAACAAGUAUUAGUGUUUUCUGAUUGAGUUGCCUCCAGCCAUUAAGAAUUAAACACAGCUUGAUGGUUACAGUUCUGCCUUUAGUUAAAUGAUGUGCAAAAUGUGAACUUGAAUCAAGCCUACAAAGCAAAGUUUUUCUGAAAGAUGAGUGUUUGAUUAUUGUAUAAGUGUCAUUUUUCAAGAUUUUUUAGCCUAUGAUUUAAACUGGAGUUGAGUUGCAUUUUCUUGCCCGAGGGCAUGUUCAAACAGUUUUAAGAGGCCUGUUCAAAAAGUGGAAAGUUGCAGAGUUACAAAUCUGAAUUAAUCUUUACAGUAUCUGCCUCUCAGAAGUGUUCCUUUGCCUCCUCCUGCAGGGCUUAAUCUAUUGCACUCAUUUUAAGAUCUGUUUCUUAUACUCUUGGGCCCUGUGAGACUCAUAUUUUUAUUACCUUUGGCAAAGUUAAGAAAGUACCUAGAAACUUUGAAGCAUGUGUUGAAAAAAAAGACACAAAGUUUUGCCCAUAAGUUCUGUAAAAGUUGUCGAAGAGACAUAUCAGCAGGGUCUUAUUUUCACAUUGCAGAACAUGUGUGCAGAUAGGCACACAGGCACGGACACUCGGACUAAUACAUGAUUGAUGUCAUUUUGUAUUGGAGAUGAUGUGUGAGACCAGAUGAAGGAGUGAUAGAUCGUUGCCUGUGAGGGAUUUAUCAUCCUGUCAAUUCUAGAGGGAUUAAGCUGCUUUAGAAUCACAUUAUAUCUGAAAGUGGAACCUAAACACACAUUACACUGUAUCAGAUUCAUUGACAACUUAGAAGCUGUCUGGCUCAAUGCAACUGAUGUAAAUACACAGAAUGUUUUACUAGGAGGAUUUGAGGGCCUGACAGCUCUAAAAAAUAGACCCUGUUGACUUCACUGCCUCCCAGAAAAGAACUGAUAGGUUUUUUUCUAAAAUGUUCAGAUGGGUAAAUCAUGAAAAAUGGCUUCCUGCUUUCAGAGUCCACAGAUUUAUUAUAUAAUCCAUCCGUGACAAUCUUAUUAAGCCUUCAUCAUGUGGAGAAACUGGUUCAAACCAGUACAACUUCUGACCAUUGUCAUCAGGGUGGAUGUUAUGGGUGAGGAGAGUUGACUUUCUCUGCUCGGAAUAAUGUAAUCUUGACUUGUUGUGACUCCUUUGCACCCGGCUGGACCUGGAGCCUCCCACCCUCUAUAGCAUGUUUUUUCAGCUGUGUUUACAUGCCAGCUCUUGAAACUUGAAGGGUGGGGUGAAUACCUUUCUCUGUACUAGACCUCUGACAUCUGUCAAGAUUAAACAUCAUUUAUAUUUUUCUAUGGCUGUUACAUGGUGCAUUAAUGUCAGUCCAAAGCUUGUGUACACAUUGCAAACACUUUCAUGUCAAGGAAAAUCUAUUUUCCAUAUUUUCUAUCUCUGGUGCUCGUGUCAAGCAAAUACCAGGGUGUAGUCAUGCAAAAGUUUUUGACCUGCAGACCUCAAUCUUAAAAACUGAGACCUAUAUGUUUGUUAAGAAGACUGAUUGAAACUUUUAUGACUUCAAGAAGUUAAGUUGUAAGAUACACCAACAUAUUUAAUGUCAAUUGAUUGUAGUUUAACUUUUUGCAGGACUCGAAUAUUAAAAUGCAACUGAACAUCUAAUAUCCUGCCAAACACCAGUUUUUAUGUAACAGAUAUUCCUUAUUAUUUUGUAACUUCAGCUUGACAUUAAUGUAUCGCCUUAAACAGAAGUAAAAGAUGACUUAAUUCAGCUGAAGAAGUAAGUUUGCCUGAGUAAGGAAGGCAGGAGCUGCACUCAAGGGUGUACUCUUAACUCUGACCUUCCACUUCCCAUAACAGCAUAUUUCCUCCAUUGCAAAUAAUGCAAACCAAUCAGCCACUUAGCCUGGAAGAAAAGCAUCUAUACUACAUGCAUUAUUGAUAAGCACUAUGAAAAUGGAGCUCUGAGCUAAUAGGUAAUAUUUCAUCUAUGGUAUACAGGACAUUGGGAGUCCUCUCUCUGGCCCUCACCCCACAUUCCUUCGCUGUUAUUGAUCAUUCAUGCUCUAAUUCAGCCUGUUUCAUUCAGAAUAAUGUGCAAUCUGUAUGCACCAGACCACAGGCCUGGAAAUAAGAAAUCUGAGUGACAAGGUAGUAAAUGGUGAUAUAUUCCCUCUAAGGUUCUGUCAUCCUCCAAGUUCAUGUCAGAAUAGUCAACUUUUUUAACCGAAUCAGAAAAUCCUCAUUCAACACAGACAUUGAGUUUAGUAGUUUCAAAUCUCCCAUAAAGUUAUUCUGACUGAAGUUCCUGAGAACAAAAUUAAACCCUCAAAUUCUUAAAAACUUAAAUUGGACAGAUAUCAGACAAGUUUCCACAGGGCACACAAUUUAACAUCUCUUCGAUUAGAUUGAUUUGUUUUUAGUCCUUUUUUGUUUGUUUUGUCACUUUCAGUUUAAGCAAUCACUGCAGUUCACUCAAGACUCCUGUCGAGAUGCAGCAAUCAAUCGAGAGUUUGUUUUGUGCUUCGGUAGAUUUGAAAUUGAGCUCCACAAGCAUCCCUUACACGGUUUGUUGAAUAAAGUUAAUGGUAAAUCUUUAAUAUUCUUUCAUUUUGUUUGCUGUUUAUUUGCUGAUGGAUAAAGAAAUGUACAUACAGUUAUAGAUGUAGUGAUUUAUGGGUUUUAAUCUUGAUCAUGCAUCAGUAGCUUCUUAUACAUCGCAAUUCCAACUUUUGGAGUUCUGCCAUCAGGACACCCUUUUGCUUUUAGACUGCGCCCCAAAACCGCACACUAUUGGUGUACCAACAUUAUGUUGUUGCAGAAGCACUAAAGGUAUGGCUUGUUAACACACAGGGGGAGUUCAGUAUACAAACACACUCAGACAAUGCCUGCGCAUACAGUACAGUGCUUUUAUGUGCUGCCAGCUCAGUGCUACACAUCGCCCCCUUCAUUCCCUUCAUUCUCUCUCUCUCUCUCUUUCUCUCUCUCUUCCUCUCUCUACUACUUUUACUUUUCAGCAGACAGGCCUUGUAGAGCGCUGGUUUUGGAUUAAAAGACUCUUCAGUACAAAACGAGUGAGCUGUGAAGAGGGGUAUCCCCGAUCUCAGCAAAAUGGAAACUUGCAGUGGGUCCUUACGGCCAUCAACGCUACUGUAGUAGGUGUUAAACUACCAUGGCAUGGUGACGAUAACAGAUGGUGCUAAAAAGAGAUUUGCAGCUGCAUGGAGACAGCACAGUCUUCAGACAGGAACUCAGUUAGAACCUCAUUCCCUCUGAGGAACCCCCCAAAGGAAACAGACCACAUCUUAUUGUAUACAAGUAUCACUUACUGUAUAUCCAGAUUUUACAGUUAGUGCUUGUGUUGGAUGUUGAUAUUUUACUGAAAUGGACUUGCAGUAUGAAGUGUCCAGUUGAACACAGUCCAUAAUUAGCCUCGCCAAACCCAAAAUGUCAAAUCAAGUUAAUUCCAAUCAUCAAUCAGAGUUUCACUGCUACACAAAUCAAAUAAUCAGGACAAAACUGGCUACUUAAAAAAGCGCUGAAAAGCGAGCUUUCCUCCGACAAAGAAAGAAACCAGAUGCAGACUCUAACUUGUAAUGUCAUUCAGAUGUUAACACUAAAGCUGUGUCAUUGAGAAAGAAUGAGGAGUCACAGAAGCCGUAUGAUUAUCCAGGAAAUUUUGUGGAGAGGUGUACUCUUCUUUCUUGUACAAUGAGGAUAACUCUCUGUAAGUACGCCAUUGUUACUUUACCUGUCGCUCAAAGAACAAUUUCUGCUGCCAGCGAUCCCUUUUGUAAUCUCAUCAUGACUCAGGAACGGUAGGAAGUCAAAGUUCUUUCUUUCCAAACGUGACGUAAGGAGCCAUCAUUUGUGGGAACUGCAAACUAAACUAAGUUCAUAUCCAGCCUCAUUAAGUGGAAACACUUCGCCUAUUAUUUAAGAUGGAACUCGAAGAUCUUGUCUUGUUAAGUGAGUAGCUAGAGGCAGGCUAGGGUAUUUAACAUGACUGUAUUUUUAACUUGUGUCCGUUUGUGACAGUGAAAAUAAGGAAGAAGGCUGCAGUACUUUGUCAGAUAUUUCCAUGAAACCUUGAGAUAAGAUUUAAUCCAAAGAAUGCUUUUGUUCUGGGAGGCAUGAGAACUGUGAAAACGUUAGAUAAACCUCCAUGUUGAGUCUCCGCAAAGCAAAGAUUAUGAUUGUGUCUUCCCAGUGUCAGAGGGUCAUAAGUUUCUAUCCAUUGAUUGAUAGUUUGUCUGUUUUUCUUUGGAAACUUUUUAUGUUACCUCCUGCCAGAAGGCCCACAGAGCCAAAUCUGUCUUCAGAUGCCAAAUGGCCAAAAUAAAUUAGAUUUGGAGAACUCGACAGGGGACGGGGGGAAGGCAAAAUCUAUUUUUAGGAAGGUGAAGUGGGGCAGGGUUAAAAAUUGACUUGAAAUAAAAUAUUGUUUCAAUAUCGCAUCAAGGUGCAACAGAGAAAUGGUGGAAAGUUAGAUGAAUCCCUGAUAAAGUAUUACGGUGUAUGCCCUGCAGGAAUUUUGUUUUUCCUUGUGCUGGAGCAUUGCAGAACAGUGCUGAUAGUUUCCAGGACUAAAACGAUGUCUGAUUAUAAUUCAUCUACUUCUCCAAGUAAGAAGUUAUUAAAGCAAGACAAAUAAUUAAAGUGAUAAGCUCUGACGAGAAUUAAAACAGCGUCUUUAUACAGAUAUUUUGAUGUUUAGGCCUACUUUGUGGAUGGGUCUAGCUAUCAGAGUUGAGCACUUCAGAGACAACAGGCGACAUGAUUUGAUUUUGAACAAAGCCAUCCUUUUUCAGUCAGAUUCUCGAGAUGGCAGCACAUAUAUCACAGCAGUCUUUCUCAUCUUUUUUUCCCAGGGAUACAGACUAUUGCAUUAUACUACAGAGAUAUUUUUCUUCUGCUCAUGGAAGUUAAAUCUAUUCAAGCAUCAUUAGCUGCAGUGGCAUGCUGCAGGAUGCAGCAGCGGCAUCAUUGGCAGCUUUGUUUCUUCAUCUAGUGUCACACAAAAUCAUUUGUAGUCACAUAAAAUGACUUGCUAAGAGAACUCAGAGUGUUUUUGUUUUAUUUUCAGCUGUAAACAUUAAGUAUUUGCUUGGAAUUCGUCCUGACGAGCCCUCAAACCGCAUCUACAAUCUGAUGUACUCUGUUUUAAAAAAAAAGGAGUCAGAUUCACAUUUCAAAUGUUGGUCUCAUGUAACACGACAGACCACAUUGUUUAAAGCUCACCACGGCAUUCAAAAGAGCAAAACUGACAGCAGUGCCGAGCUACAUUGUUAUAAAUCCCUGAACGCUGUCAGGCUGCAAUGUGAUAGGGCUCUUAAAGGCUUCAUCGCCUCAUCCACCGUCGUGGUUGUGUUGUGGCGUCCUGUUGGUGCAUGUCUCUCACAAGCUCAGCUGUUGAUGGAAUGCAAGGCUGGUAGUGUUGGGAUAUUUCCUGGCCGGCUGGCACAGAUGUGUGAGUGUCAGAACGCAUCGCUUUAGGCCUGAGCGAGACAACAAGGCAUUCCUGUGAAAACUCUUCAGUUUCAUAAAAACAUGCCGCUUGGAUUGUUACUCCUGAAGCUCCUGCUGCCAUAAUACCACAAUGCUUUAUUGCUUGGAUGUAAACUAGCACAGAUGAUGUGGCAUCUUGUACCACAGCACAGAUUGGCAGAUUUUUCAUCUAGAAAGUGAAGCUGUGUGUAGGCUGUGUCUGGUAAAACUGGCAUUAAACCACUCAACAGGAGAAAUGUGUAACUAGCACAGAUACGUGGACAGUUAUGUACAAUGAGGACUGAAUGUUGGUGGCGCUAACUCUGUGUUGUCGUGUAAUUGCAAUGCAGUCAUCAGAACAUCACUGGUCUUUUAAUCUAUCAAAUCCAGUGUUUUGAGUGAUGGGAUGCUUUGUUCAGAAUUGAAAGGUUAAUUUCCUCUCAACAUGGCUGCCUAAACUUUAAAUUAAUAUCUUAAUUGCACCAUGUAGAUCAACAUCUGGUGGGAUGAUAACAAUAUGCAUAAUAGUGCUGGGAAAAAUUAAUAGUUGGCAUUUUGCUAGCUUUGUCUAAAAUACUAUUAAAACUUUUGCAAGCACUACAACUGUGUGUUUUUUUUUUGUCGCAUGAUACUUAAUUUGUAUCUGGUUGAUUUUGGGGUGUCAUGUAAUGGAUGAUUUCAACCCACAGUUUGCCUCAAAGUUGCCAUGAGCAUACUCUCGCUUAUCAUAUCAUCUUAAUGUGUUGUGCUGGGUGGUGAUUCUAUAGAAGUUGCAUGAAGUUUGAAGUGUCUGAUCUCAUUGCUGCGACUUUUCUGCAUUAGGUUUUUCCAGACACGUGAUUGUUCUCCUUGGCCAUUGCUGAUGUAUGAAAGAGGAUUAUGGCGGCCACAUAAAGAGAAAAAAAGUAAUUACAGGAAGGAGAUAAAAGUCGAAAUUUCAAGAUUAAAGUAGAAAAAAUGUCAACAUUAAAAAAAAUCUAAAUUAUGUUAAUAAAGUUGAAAUUUCGAGAUUACAAAAUGUAGCAAAUAAUUAACACAAACACUAUAAUUAAAAAAAUUAAAAUUUUGAGAUUUAAAUUGAAAUUUCGAGAUUAAAGUCGACAUGAAUAAAGUUGAAAUUUCGACUUUUCUAAAUUUCAACUUUAAUCUCAAAAUGGAAAUAAAAAAAAAUCUCCCUACUGUAAUCAUUAUUUUUUUUCUGUUCUUGUGGCCCUAAUCCUCUUUCGUACUGAUGUACCUGAAAUGCUUCCACACUGGUGACCCCACUUCUUUCUGCUGUUGAUACAAAACUUUCCUGUAUGAUGGACAUGGAUGGGCCACUGUAGGGUAGCCUCCAUGUCUCUUCAUGAGCACGGUUGAUGAAGCUGGUGCUAACAGGUGUCACUUUGUUUUUGUGCCUGCAGGUUGCACCAAUCUUAAUAUAGGUCCUUUUUCAGAAUGGCUACAAAAACACUUUUUUUUUCUCCAUAGUGCUGCUCAGAUUAGUGGCCCUGCUUUCAUAGUGAUUCUCAGAGCUUCCACCAGUGACUUCCCUCAUUAUUUGGUGCCCAGUUUAUACUCAGAAUUACACUUCAAAGGCUAAUUUGGGCCUGGCAACUAUAAAUAGAGCAGAGUGACGCAGGGCUGUUAAACUCAGCAGGGAUUGCCUUCGCUCACUGUUCUAAUGACUUCAUUUCUAUGCAUCGGGAGCAGUGCUGAUGGAUUUUGAUAUCUCGCUGGGCUUUGUGAUGACUCAGUCAUCACAUCUGUAAUACUUAUCAUGAGGGUCUAAGUAUACUGUCUGAAAACAGCACUGUGACUCUGGCUGCUUUUAAAGAGUCUUCAGAAAGUGAACAGAGGAUAAGACAAGGCAUAUUAAAUGCAUUCUCGCCGUUUUUGCCUCAUUACCUGUCUUCUCUUUCACUUAUGGAAUAAUCAUCCAUCGCUACUUUAAUGUCAAAGGCAGUCACAGCUCUCUAUCCAGAAUUCAAGUGGGUGCCAGAGAUAAUUUGGGAAUCCUUUUGUCUAAGCAUGAAAUCCAGUCCUGCAUUCUUGUCAGUUUCUUUGUGAACGAAAAAUUAGACCCUGCUUGAAACAUAUAGAUCCUUUGGCAUACGACAUGACUCCUGACCAUGCUCUAUAUAAAUCCAUGUUAGAAUAAUGUGUUGAUUCUUCAGGUCCUGCACUGUCAUUUCUCCAAAGGCAGAACUUUUCCAAAUCUUCCAUCCACUUAUUGUAUCUUGUAGGUGUGUCUAUUAUCUGCAUCAUGAAUGCAAGUCAAACAGGAGUUUGACCAGGAACUGCCUGGUCAGGGAAAUGAUGAAUAACUGCCAGCUGUCCCUGCUUGAGUCCAGCAGUGAUAGAAGUGGGUAAUUACCAAAAAUUAUCAUGAAGGAGUGCUUGAAAUCCUUUCCAUGAAAAGAAAAACAAUGCCUUUAGCUGCUCGGUGUCUGUCUGCUCCCUGCUAUUGAUUGAGUUGGCAGAGGACUGUUUCAUUAUUUCUUUGUUUUACAUGAAAAGCCUGGUAAAGGUUACAAUUUCAGCAAGCACCCUUCUAUUAUCUUUUUAAUCAUGCUUGGCCUAGAGAUAUUUUCCAUUCUCUGGUUUAUGAAUAAUGUCUGUAUUUUAAAGUGCGGCACAUUUUUUAAUGUUCCUCUCUUCUUGGAUGGCAGAAUAUAUCCAGAAGUCUAACGUUGAGCAAACAGAUGGAGGAGACUGUAGCUUUUUUUUUCUUUUUUUGUAUUCGUCCAGUGUCUUUGCAUCUGCUCUUCUGCCUCUUUUCAUUUCCCUCCCUCUCUUUCUGUCUCAGAGGGUCCUUCACAGGUUCUUAUCAUGUAUUUAGUCUGAGACAGGCCCUCAGAGACCUCCUGCAAUCAGCUCAGAGCAGGAAGCCAACACUAGCAGGCUUUGCAGAGGGGAUAAUUCUCUACUUAACAAUCAUGAUCCUCUUUUGUCUUUCCUGUUCAUCUCUUCAACUAUUAAGGACAGGAACUCAUUAGUCUUUGGGUGCUCAUUUCUCUCCAAAACAUGUGAAAAACUGAUCCGUAGUGAGUCUUCAACUCGUCUAAAUGCAGUGGCAGAUAUUUCCCUCAAAAUGUUUACAGUUUGUUGGAAACAGAGUGUCCGACUAAUGCACAAAAAUGAGAAAUUCUGUGGUGAGGGGAAACCCUUUAUAUAAUAGCAGUAGUAUUCACAUAAAAGCAGUUAUAUUUUGAACAUAAGGAGGAUGUGGUGCAUGGAUUACAAGUUUAGAAACAGCUUCUGAAAACAAGGAUACUUAGAUUUAAUGUCAACCAAAUGGUAUAUGUUUAUAGUCUGUUGUUUUAACUAUUUUUGUGCUUUAAGUAUACAUCUUCACCACGGGCUUGUCGAAACACAUACUCUUAGACUUUCCUUCUUCUGUAUUAUUUUAUGUCUGUGGCUUUGGACCAAGUUUAUAAGCUGAAGAUCUUUAUUCUUUCUUAUAAUAAUAUCAUCCUCCUAUUGUGUAUCAUAGUCAUAAACUGAAUUUUUUGCACAUAGAUGAUCCCUUGAUCUAGAGCUCAUCCUGUAAAUAUUCAAGUUGAAUAUUUUCUCUUUAUGUUGUCUAUAUCUAAUUUUAGAGUGAUUGCAAAAGUUUGGGUUUUCUUGUGUUGUGGUCUUCUGAUUCUCUUCAAAGGUCAGAUAUUUGCAGCGAGUUGUAGCGAGACCAGUCUUCAGCAGGUAGUAAAAACUUUAUGUCCCAGCAAGAAAUAAAAUGCUAUAGCAAUGUAUGUGUGAUCGAAGCUUUCCAGAAAUAUCACCACACAAUGGAAUAAAGUGUGUGCUAAAGAAUAGUGAUGUAUAACAUGAACAUUUACUGGUCUGAAGCUGAUAAAUUACUGACAAGUUAUUGGACAAGUGACAGUAUGAAGCCGUGUUAAAUCAGCCCUUACAAGCUGCUGACAGAUUACAGAACAAAUCUGGAUCUGUAUGCAGGAAUCAGAACUGGAGCGUGGCAACGGCUGAUAACACAUUUCUCAUACUCGUGCUCUGCAUGGAGAAAUUAUUACAAGGCUCUCAAAGACUUAGAGCUUUCUCCUGCAGAUCUGAACGUCUGUAUGACCUGAUGUUAAUCUAGCUUUGACUGACUGAUGCCAGAUUUUACCCCUGCUUAUUUGCCUUGUGGUAUUUGUCUUCUGUUCUGCAUAUUAUGUCUAGAAAAGAGAUCAAUCUUUUCAGGCUAGAAACUAAUAACUAAAACACCAUGAUGAAGAGCUUUGGUGUGUGAAACUGAUACUGGGUGAAAAAAUUAAUCACAUCCUCUAGUGGAGUCUCUUCUUUGAAGUUCUUAGUGUCACCGAAAUCAAGCAGAUGUAAUUUAUAUUUGCAGUGGGUCAGACGCCAGUUUUCAUUUGCCAGGUUUACUGCUGCAAAAUGAGGGCUGCAACGAUUAGUUGGCAUUGUCGACAAAAAUCGAUAUGUCGACAAUGGAUUCCAUUGACUAUUGUCGCCAGAGGGUUUUUUUCGAGUGUAGUGAGGCAUCUUACUUCAUUACAAUCUCUGUUCAGAGCAGUGGUUCUCAAUCCAGUCCUCGAGCCUCCCCUGUCCUGCAUGUUUUGGAUGUUUCCCUGCUCCAACACACCUGAUUCAAAUGAUUAGCUCGUUAUUAAGCCAUUACAGAGCUUAAUAACGAGCUGAUCAUUUGAAUCAGGUGUGUUGGCGUCCCAUUCAGCAGCUACGAGUACACGCUUAAAAACCUCCAAAGUUUUGAAGCACUUAAUAUAGACAAGGCAAAAAUGACAAAUUUAAGAAGAACUUCAUAAUUCUCGAUUAGUCGACUAAUCGUUUCAAUGGCCGAUGACUAGUCGACUAUUAAAAUUGUCUUUAGUUGCAGCCCCGUGCACAACAUAACCUUGUGUUUAAGCUUUAUGCAAAGACUAAUGUGCUUGAUUUGGCAACACCCAGGCAAAGUGAGUGUAAAAAAAAAUAGUGGGGGUGGCAUGCUAUACUAAAAUGAUAACAACUUUAUAUUUAAAACACUUUCUUUUCCAAAGUUACAAAGUGCUUCAUAAAAUUAUAAAGAGGUAAAAAGAGCAGAAAUGCUCAACACCUUUGCCUUUCCCCCCCAAAUUUGAGUAGAAUAAGCACUUCCCCAAAAGCCUCCUUAACCUUUAAUGAGGCUUGGCUGUUCUCACUCUAAAUGUCACUUCAGGCUACCGGCCAUUCUGAAGGUGUGAGAGACAGAUUUAGAGUAAUUAGCAGUGUUCCUGUGCUCAGAUGAGGCAGAGGGUAACACUGUAAAUGUCACGUCUGUUCCUGAGGUUACUGUUGCGUUGUGCUUCAUCGCUUACAUGGCUGUGUAGUAGGGGUGGGCGAUAUGAUCAAAAUUUCAUAACAUGGUUUAACGUGUGCUCCUCUCAAACAAACCUGUAAUGUCAUAAUUAACUCAUGUUUGUGCCUGAGAACAAAGAAAGAUGUUUUUGUAAGCAACUGUGUGUUUAAUACUGAGUAGGAUGUAGCUUUCAACUAUCGGACCCUCUUUCAUCAACGUGGAAGGUAACGUACAAGCUUAUACACGAUCUAUAGCGAGUAGCAUUAAUAGCAUUAGUGGCAUUAAUAUUAAUGCGCCAAUAAUAAUUUCUACUCGCACUGUGUGAGCAAAACAACACACAACGUUGUUUUCGACUUGCUUUGAGUCAUCAACAAGUGCAUCAAAUCCCGUUGGACCCUCUUCCGUUAAUGUGAAGGGUAACGUUCCAGCUGAUACAUGGCCUGUAUAGCGAGUAGUGCAGGUAAUGUGAACGCAACAGCGUAGCUCCUGCUAAAAAAAAUUCUAGGGGAAACACCGGACUUGUUUACUAUAUGUCCUCUAAUUGGUUUUUGAAAUCAUUCUUUAAAUGCAUUUCAACAUAACAAAGAUGACAGACAAGCCAAUUGACCCUACCUACAGUCACAUGGGUAGCAUAAACCAACGUUUAUCUAAAUGUUGCCCGUUUAAUAUGCAUAUAUCUGAUUUGGUUUAAAUGACUUUAUAAAAUUCCUUGAACAAAUACCGGCUUCAUUGCAGAUCCUGAUUUACUCUUAAAUAACCUCAAAGAAUUAAUUCAUCUCUUUACAGUAAUUAAGCGACUAUUGAAGAGUUCCCAUUUUGUCAAAAUUUUUAUCGUCCCUUUACAGCCUUGGGGAGGUCGUUCCAAAAGAUUCUGAAAUGAGAAACCCAGCAGAGUUAUGCUUUUGAUAGGGUUUCAUUUUUCAGCAGCCUCUCACUGGUACUAUUAAAAUCACAGGUAUGUAAAUUCUUAUAGUGAAUUUAAAUGUAGGAAAGAAGAGUAAGGACUUGGCUGGGAACAUAUUUAAUUUUAAAUCCAAAUUAUUUAACCUCUCCCUCCUCUCCUUGAUCUCUUUGAACUUACACUGGACCCUUUGGAUCUCCGGGGUUUCUCAUAGGGCCUUCAUAUUAAAUGGUUCUCACAGGGCUGUAUUAGAUAAUGGGUUUUUUAAGCCUUUCCACAUGUGAGCGUAUUUCAAGUGUGACUCAGUAUUUUAUAGCCACAGACUGAUAUUGCACCAUUUCAUCACUCUUAUUACUUUAUGUUCUCUACACGGGUCGGGCUAUCAGAUAUCACUUUCCCAUGAAUAUUUUACGACAUGAUGCCUUCCUGUCGUUGAAAUGUGUCGAAGCUGAUCAGUUGAUGCUGGCCUUUGCCCUAAAAGUGGGUGCUUGUCAGUCUUUUUUUUUUCAUUGUUACUGUUUAAUGGGAUUGAACAGCCAGUGUGGCAUUUUCUUCAUCACGCUCAAGAACGUAAUAGACACCAGGGUUUGAAUAGCCUUGUAAUUCAUGUAUAAUGGUGACAUACUUGUAAUGUUAUAUCUAUUACAAGCUGAGUGGAAGAAAAAUGAAUCACUCUCUCAUAUCUCAUCAGUGGAUAAAUCAUCGAACCAUGAAUGGGAUGAAAUUACAUGUUUAUCGCUGUGGGUAACUUACAUUUGAAGGAAUAGACCUAAAUGAGAAAAUUGAGGGAAUGAAUUGUUAGACUUUUGAUUGAGAUCUGCAGGAACACAGCGUAAACACAUCAGUCUUUGGCCAGCCAAGCAUUUCAUGUCAUUUGGUGAGCAUUCUACAUUGUUUACACACCUCUACUGCAUACAUUUGUGCUACAUUUUCAGACUUUUAUACCUUUUCGUGCCCUUAGUCCAUAAAACCACACAAGUAGUUUCGCAGGAAGCAUUUUUUUAACUCCAGUUUACACAGCCUCUGUUACUUUGUUAGCAUUAGUUCUAAUUUUGGCUUUCCGUUCAGUCUAAAUAACAGUAACAAUAAAUGUUCAAGCAACCUGAGAGAUGAUGUGUCAGAUUUCUGUGAAGUAAAGAGCGUGAAUUAUGACAACAUGUCAACUUAUACUUAGACUCUAAUGUCCAGUGUUAUUUCAGAGUUUCCUGAUUUUGAGCAGACCUUCCUGAAAUGUACAAUGAAGUCAGGGUGCGUAUGAAGGGUCAGUUACAGUUUAGGGGCUUCUGUGAUUAUUUCAAAUGAAACAGAAACAUCUGCUCCAUAGAAACUUGGAAUGACUUUUGCACCUUGAAUGUGUUUACAGUGCUUUGAGUAAGUUUUUCUCCCUCCUUAGAGAAUGCUCGAGUGUUCAAGCUCAUCUCUGAAACCUCUCUCAGACACUGCUACAUCCUAUUUGACAUGUGAAUAAAGACACAGUCUACCAUUAAAUUAAAGCCCGUCCAAGUGUCACUCACACCACUGUGCCCUGAAAUCUUACCCAGGGAUGCAUUUAAUCAUCCCCCCUUUGGUUUUUCGCAUAAGUCAUCUACUGAGUGGUGUGCUUCUCUCCAGUUUGUCACACUGGUGUACAGUGUGUGGGCUUGCUCUACAACCUUUUAGCUUAAUUGUAAAACCCUUCAGCUCACAAGAGUCGCACCAGUGUACAUCACAUUUAUUACCUGUUUUAAGGCAUCCUCAAACGCUUUGUCAAGCACCAAAUUAUCCUCCUCCAGCCUGAGGAGAUGAAGCACAUUGCAAGCCUGGGUGAUUUGACCACUGCAUGCUGAUCCUCUACAGCUGAUACGUCUGUAUAUCUGAGGAGAAUCUGAUUGUGGGCAGAUAUAGUUGAGUGUGAAUUCCUUCAUUUCAUUUAAUUCUGGCUCUGAUUCUGUAUCCAGUUCCAGUUCUGGUUUUGGUUCCAGUUCUAUUUAUCAGUUUUGGUUCUUACCGAUUCUUGAUCCCAGUCUCAUCAUUUUUGCAAAGAAGAACAUUGAAGAACUGAUAUUAGCCUACCUUAACUGCCCUGCUCUCUAAAUGAUAGAAAAUCACAGUAAAAACACUUCAGACUACUUAACAAUAUCAACAUUUGGUCAAUAGUGGUCAACAAAACAACACAGCUACUGAUACCUGUGGCUGGGUCAUUUAUGUAAACAGGAGCAUAUGGUGCAUACUGUCAAAUUCACGUCAUGUAUCAUUGUGGUAUAUAAACAUAUUUUCUACAUAUUGGAUCUUCCCUUGCAUGACACAUAAUUUCCUCUCUUGCUGCACUUUGCUGUGUCACUAUUAGCAAUGAAGGAUAUUAUUGGUAUGGUAUCAGCAUGAACAGGUAAGUGCUAAAAACAUUAUUUAUUGGUAUCGGCACAGCAGGUAUGAAAAUGACUGUCUUUAUAAUUGUCAUGUGCCAACAUGUUUGUCUGAAAUGCAUUCCAUGUACAACCAUAUUAUUAUGUAUUUCAGUGUGGUAAACAAACAGCAGACAUAUUACUGAACGUCUAUAUUUUUAAAGGAUACUUUGAUCAUCUUGAGAAUCAACUGCUGGUCUUUGAUUUUUGCCUGCUCCAAAUGGUGGUGUACCGGAUAUUGAUAAAAAUCCAAUAUCAUGCUUCCCCAGUCAUUAUCUUUUUUUUUUUUUUAGUGAAGCCUAGCAGAACUUUUUAUUGCUGCGGUCUGCCAUCAUCUUCCUAUCACAAUGUAAUUUAACUUUGGCACAGCAAGUCCUGGCAGAUAAGCACAUCUUCUGUGGACUGCAAAAUGCUCAUAAGAGUUAAUCCUGGAAAUGUACGUUGCUGUUAGGAACUGAAAAACAGAACCCAAAACCAGGUACCUUAUCGACUCCACAAAUCCAAGGAAUGUGGAAAUGGUUCCAACUUGGAACCAGUUCUCGAUACCCAAACCUAGAUAAAGUAGUUGCUAGGAAAAGGAUAUUCUUGCAGAAUACUCUGCUGCCAUUUCUGUUCAUCAUUGAAUGGAAGUUUCAGUCUCUUUUACAUUGCCUCUCCUAAAUGAAGCUUCAGUUUUUAGUUAAAUUAUUUCACAUAUGUGCCAUGGCCAAAUCAAAAAUGUUAAAAGAUUUAGAAAGCAGCAAAUGCAUAAAACUAUAAAAUGAUUUUUAUUUCAUGAAAGCCCCGGCCCCAGCAGAAAUCACUUCACCCCAGAAUAAUUUAAAUACUUUCUCAGUUCUAUCAGCCUUAACUGUUGGGCUCAGAUACUUCUGUGCUGCAUAAAUAGAGGGCAAAAACAAUCCACUGCGUUGCUAUUAUCACUUUCAGUCACCCGGCUCCCCGAGCUCAACCUCACUGACGCAGAAGCCCUUUCAUAUGCUUUGAUCCUGUUAAAAAUUAUUUGCUAUGCAGCUGAAGAGGGAGGGUAGAUUGAAAAAGUAUCAGAAUGCUUUGCAGAUAAUAGCUUUGGGGGGCAUGGAUUGACGACUGUGUUGGAGUUUCAGCAGUUCUAUGUUGUCCAUUGCAUCCAUGAGGAACUGGCCUCAAGAAUUCAUGUCAAACUAACUACCAGAAAAAGCAAAUGGUCUCUCACUGUUUAAUUUCAAACCUGCUCUUCCCUCGUUUUUGUCUAAACUCAUAAACAAGGCUGUAAGUGAUAUUGGGAAACACCAACCACUGCUGCCCUCUGUUCCAUUUUCCUCCAUCACUGAUGGUUCUUUCUGAUGAAUUCUGAAUGUCUUAUCUCAUCCACACCAUCCUCUGCUGUUGGAAAAUGUUUCCCGCCUGGACCAGCUCCAUAUCUAGAGUGGCUCUGUAUGGGCUCAGAACGGAACUGGAAUCAACAUCCCCACUGGUCUGCUGGCAGGGUUGACAAAAGGAAAGUGAUGGCUUGGGGCGAAAGCAAGCCAAGGAGCUCAACUGUUUCUUCAUCCCCCUCUCUCCACUGAGGUUAGCAGAUAGAUUACCAUGACAUUCUUGCAUAUCUCCAUAGAUACAGUAGCUGGCACCAUCCUCUUGUUAUGUCAUUUCUACUGAGGUCGUGACCAGAUUUUAAACGCUCCCCUUGUUUUGUCAGGAAGCCAAUGGUUUGAUGCAUUAGUUGUGUACAGAUGAGCAAAGUUAUUAAAUAACUUAAUCACAAAAGCAGGCCAGACUGUCUGCCAGAAAAUCGGCUGCUGCUGUAUGAAUAUUGUUCAUGCUUCAACACUGUCAUUGGUUCAAAUGAUGUAGGCAUUAGCAGCACAAACGGUAAGAUGGCCUGGAACACAGCCAUAGUGAACACAAAGCAUAAAGUUAGAUGGAUGUCAGGAAUAGAGAACCAACAAGACUGCCUUAUCGGUCGCACCCAUUUGCUAAACAGCUAUUAACAUUUAACUUGACAACCACAAUCCAUCAUUCGCCAUCCUUGUUUACUCUAGAUCAGAGUUGCGACUCUGGUUGUUGGUGAAUUGGUUUGGUGCAGUAAGCCCUGAUCUUGCUUCUGUUUACACAGCCAACUGUAUCCUGGCGCUUCACACAGGAAGUAUGUGGGUUGCAGUUCAGAUCAAUGAUGGGAGCACAACUCUCAUGUCAGUCUCAUGGGACUGAAAUCUAGAAAAAUGGAGACUUGCCCAGUUUUUUCUACAAGUCGUGCCUAGAUCUUCGCCAAAACUGCCAGAAAAAUGUUAAGUAUCGGCUAUAUUUAUGUUCCAAGCAUGAAAAAUAAAGUGAAAGAAAGUGAAGUAAGAAGUGAAAGAUUCUCCUUUCAUGUAAAUUCUCAUUGAGUAGGAAGAGUAGGUCAAGGCUGAAUUUUUUUCACUUACUCUGUCAGUGCAGAGUCAACAUUUCAAAGGAAGUCAUUAUAGUAAGAAAGCUGCCAUCGCCCCAGUCCGCCCAUCUGCAGGUAGGACAGCUGAUGGUGAAGGACAAAGGGAUGGAUGAUCCUGCUCUGCUGCCUGUCACUAACAGUUGAGAAAAUAAAAUGGAAGUGAGGAAUCGUCUCUCUUAUAGGCCGAGGGAUUUAUGAGGAUGAAAGAGUGGGAGCUGUGCCAACAUAUGUGUGGGGCUGGUGAUGAAAAACAGCUGUUACGGGAGGAAACAGUGUUUAUGUUUAUGUGUGUGUGUGUGUGUGUGAGUGGAUGCAUACAUGACAGCAAUAUUUAUGCAGGGAGUAGCACCCUGCAUACAAACAUGCAGCUCACACAUAUAUGGAUGAAAGACUGUAAGCCCUAAUGGCAGGUUGGCCGUACAUAAUGGUGUCUAACCACAGGCAUUCUUUCUUGGAAGCCGUAUGACAUUACUCGUGGUCACAGACUGUUUGCUGCAGUUGACUCACGGGAUUAAAGUUGCUGAAGACUCAGGAGACAGACGUACCUGCUUAUACACAUUUGGAGCAAGUCAGGAGUAUGUCUUUUUCCCCCUUUAAGAGGAAUUUACUGCACAUGAGAGUUGGCUUUUCUUCUAGUGUAUGAAAACUCAUUAAUAAAAAGAAUAAAGAUGCAUGGAGGAUGCAAUGAUUUUUACCUACACUUGUUAUAAAUAAGAAAACAACACUCAUGGUCGUAAUUUUCAUUAGCACUGCUUUACAGACCACUUAAAUCAGUGUUAUCCAUUGUCUUUAAAUCACAUCCUAGGCAGUAAAUCACAUGCUCUCAUGUACCUGGAAUGAAGAAUGUAUCCUCAGGCAAAACAUGAUAUAAUCACUGUAUCCGCUGUCACAUGGAGCGAUCAGAUCAGUAAUAUUUUCAUGGAGCGCUGCAUAUCUGAUGCCUUGGAAAGAGGAGCAUCAGCAUCCACAAAGGCUUCCAGUUUUAUUUUAAUCCAUCUCCUAGGAAUGUUCUGCUUGUGUCAGCUCUCUGUAUUUUUUUCUGGGAGGACAUUCGGAUGGUUAAUUACUGGCAACCCUCUGGCUUUACAUUCUCCAUACCCCCCCUUUUCUUCACUUUUAUCCUCCUGGCUUUCCUUCCCUUCUCCUUCCUCUACCCUAGUGUUCCCUACACCAUCUCUCCAGAGAUCUUCCUCACUGAGAAACUAAUGGUCUAAGAAAUAGCAUGGAAGAGUUUCCUUGGUUUCCUCUUUUUAACCUUUUCUUUUUCUCAUUUCUUUCUUUUUACCACACCGUCGUGUCACAAUGAUGUGCAUAUUUCAUGAUAACUUAAUUCUUUUUAACAUUGUGGCCCAUCACAUAAAUAGUCACAGUUAAUGGUGCUCUUUUGCAAUUAAAUGAACAACCGACUGCAUCUCUUUGGUCUUCACAACUAAUACCCUUGUGGGUCCUUGGGCUAUUUCUACCCCGCAGUUCCUUGUUUCUACUCCAAAACUGGACUCAAGCCCUUAAUUGUUGAAGACAUAUGGUCCAGAUGUCUGCACAGAUGAUGGGGGCCACUAAGGUUUCACAACAGUAUCUGCCAACUGCACAGACAUCUGCAUGCACAGUACCUCUGUGGUCAAUAGGAAAUGGCCCCUUAAAGAUAAUUUAGUACCGCUCUGCUACCAAGACUAAACACUGGAAAAAGCUGCUUGUCAUCAGGAAUGCUGUUUUAAACCUUUAGUGAGAAUACCUUACAUUUGUUUUAGUUGUAAAGCAGUCACUCAUAAUGCGCAGCUAAUCAUAACAAAUGUUGUGCAAGUCGAGCAGGAGUGAGUGGCUCUGGAGUCUGCCCUGGAAACUCAGUAUUUCAGAUGUGGAAACUCUGAUGGGUUUUGUUUAGGUUGGGCUGUUUUUGACAGCUGAACAUGUGUCAGGACCAUGCUGAAAAAUCUCUUUCACUUAAUGAUGUUUGAGUUGGCGGGAGUGGCCAAAGUGAUUGGCAUUAGUAAUGUCCUGAUCCCCAUCUCAACAACAGUCAAACAGUUACUGAGGAGGUGAUUUGAAACUGAUGUGACUGCUGUUUAUUCCAUUGGUAGGAGAGAAAAAACACAGUUAAAAAGGGGUAAAGAUGACUUUCUUGCACAGAAGUUCAUUCUUGGUUGUGUGUGUUGAGCGACUCAGAGAGUGGGGCGGGGUAAUUAAUCAGCUGUGUGAUCGCAGACAAUAACUUGCUAAUGCUAAAAGCUACUCAAUGUGCAUGUGCUCCGUGAUCCAGCGCCCGUGUGCACUGCAUACAGAAAAAAUAACAAAUUUUCAUAGUGUGGCGGUUUUUAUUUAGCUGUGGCAGUGCGCCAUGAUCAGUUGCAUGUAGGGGAAACCCUCCACCCUUGCUUAUGUUAGGCAUCAAUCAUGCGGAAUAAAUCAAUGAUGAUAAUGACAGGCGUUUAAACUACUGCACGGACUUAGCCUGUAUGGGAACUAUGUUGUGUUGUCAUGUAGAAAUUUGAGUUUAGGCUUAAUUGUUUGGUGAUUUAUUCAUUCCUAUUAGCUCAAGUUGGACCACCUUUUGGGUUUGAUUAGAACAACAUGUGAAAAUUGUUUUAAAUAUUACCAGAAAGUGAAGUCAACGCAGGAAAAAAACAGACAUAUUACUGAAAUGAAACCAUGAAGUAAUUGGACUGAGAACCUAGUUUGGUAAUCUAGCUGCUCUGCACUUAGGUAUUGUUGCUGUUUACCUGAUCAAAUCAAAGUAUAUCUUUAAAGUAACUCAGACAAAAGAGACUGAGCAUACACACAGUCAUAAUCAUGUCAGUACUCUUGGUCCAUGUCAGUUAAACUGGGCAUGAGCUGGCCGUGUUGCGCACAUGAAUAAGUUCUUUAUAAAAAGUUAAUUUGUCCUGAAUGGACUAUUAUUCUUUUUCUUUGAAGGAUGAUGUUUUUCAAAUAGAGUAAUGACUUAUUUGGUUUUAUUGUCAGUAACUUUAAAAAUGGUCUUGUAAUUAAAAAAUGAAAAUAACGAUGUUCAUAGAGAUUGUGAUUCUACCGUAAAAAAGAGAACAAAAUAUAUUUGCUGUAUCUUCCACCCCUUAUUAGAACGAGGCAGGAGAGGACUUUUUUUUUGAGAGCACAAUGCAUGUAUGAACAUGAGACGAAGAGAUAAGAUGUACUGAUUUCUCUGCAGGAGGCUGCUUGAGAUAAUAACACUGCUAUCUUGAGCCAAUAGAAGAUGGUGAUCUGUUCCUUGGAAAAGAGGCUUUCCUUACUGGAGCAUUUAGCCAUACAUUAUUUUUCCUGGACUAUCUCGGCUUGUCACAGCGGGAGGAGCACUGCGUCGGUUCUAACUAUUUGAAAUGAGUAAAUUCCAUUGAAAUGAACUCAUCUCAGAAUCCUGGUGUUUUGCACGCUGGUCUGUUUGACAGACAAUUUUGAUGGAAAUGAGCUACUGUUAACAAAAUUUGUCUCUCUGUGCUUUUCCUGUUAUAGUCUCCGAGAAGGUAUAUACAGAAUAUAAAGUCACUUUUUGGCUGCAGGAACUGUUACCCAUCCUCUGAGCUUUAAUCAUUAAUCAGAUACACACAUUUUCAUUUCAUCUGUUGGCUCUCUGUCUUCAUGUCUAAUAGAACAGUCUUGUUUUGAUGCUCUGGAGUUUAAGGGUAACAUGCUCAGAACAAUGUCACAAAUCCUCAGACUAGAAAAAUAUCCUCCUAACUACAGGGUUGCUCAAUUUAUUCUUUUUCUUUCAUAAGAAAGAUCACUUUCUCUGUGUAGACUUGUUUCCUUUGAGACAAGUAAAAUAUCGACUAAGGCUUCCAGUCAAUCUGGCCUAAGUAGAGCGGAUGUUACGUUUGCUAAGGUCUAUAUCUAUGAGAGGUUGACAGCUGUUCAACGCUGGUCUUGCCUGCAAAGUGUACCACUAAGAGGAAUCAUGAAACUGAUAGGUCUCACUGGGAAUUCAGUCCUGCUGGGAGAAUUCAGCUCAGCCUGGUUCUCUCAUUUCUCCCUUUUCACUCUCUCUCUCUGUACACCAUUCACAGUUCUUCAAGGGUGAUGACAUGAUGUGUAGUCUUGAGCAGGUUCUGCUAAACAUGAGUAAAAAUUUAAUGCAGUCUAAGUUUUUUCUUACCUUUUUCUAAGUCUUUACUUAUAAAAAAUCCCAUCAUUUACUUUAAAAGUAAGAGCUGAAUUGGUUAGAUUUGUACCCUCUUAUACUUGACCUAGCUUUUUCCUCCUGAGAACCCCCCCCCCCCCCCCCAUCUCUCCUUUCUCUGAUAUUUUGACUCCCUCAUCGAGAACCACUCUCCUACUUGUUCCCUCCCUCCUCCCACAUCACUCCAACUCUCCCUCCCUCCCUCUCUGUCUCUCAUUCAUGCUCCAGCUCCACAUCGACCACGUUUGUCAUGUGGCUCUCACUCCUAUUCGUCUGCCUGGCCUCUCAUCGGACACACACCACUGCUUUGUAAGUAGCUAGCCACGUUUUCUGUUUUUUUUUUUUUUUUUCUGUUUACUCUGCACCUCCCUUCUCUUCCUGCUCUUCAAAGCUCCAACAACUGUUGCUAUCUACUCAGUAUGGCAGAGGUUUGCUAGCACACUGACAAGCUCAGAGACACAGAUGGGGAGGAUGAUCACACAGGACUUAAGAGAUCCACAGAGAAAAGGUUGUGCAUAGGGGACAGAUUAGAUGAAGAGAGAAGCAGUGGAGAGGGAGAUCUGUGCUGGUCUAUGCAUCAUGAUUACCAUCUCUUGUCUCAGGUGUCAAGUUUUCAGAGAGGGGACUUUUGGCACUGGCAGGACCCUAUCAUUAAGCAAGAUGUGGACAAGCCUGCUUACAUGUUAAUGGGAACGUUCCAGAAAGUGGAGCAGCUACAGCUUUCUUGGUCACAGUUCAGUGUAAUGGGAUAUUACUGGUUUUUACACGUUGUAACUUUUUCCCUGUUCAUGUCUUAUUGUUCUGUUUGAUUCAAUUCUUUGCAUGGUGUCAUUCAACCUCAUGUUCAGCAAUGAAGAUACAUGUUUCUUUGUAUUUUCACUGCCCGUAAUAACAGCAGGAGCAGACUAGAAUAUUGAUUGUGGGUGAUUGAUUUUGUAUCCUUUUUCUCAUUUUCUCAAUGGGAUUUUAAAAAGUGCAUGCUUAGUAGCUCUCGCAUUAAAGUCAAGAUAAUAUGAGAUGAUUUUGGGGUUUAUCUAUGAGUAUAAUUCCUGUAUGUGUAUGUUAUAAUCCCACCUCUCUUCUAGCAUCUAUCUUUCCAAUCAGCUAUUAGGAAGACAUAAUAGACCCACGUAUGCAUGUUAGCUAAUGCUUUUAUGCCUGACCAGAGAGACAACUUAGUAAAUCAUCUUUUUUCUUUGUUGUUCUUCUGUUGUCAGUCCAUUCAAUACUUGUUCAGAAAGAGUUGUGGCCGUGAGUCAAUUCAGUUGUCUUUCAGUUCAUUUGGCAGCAGAUUGACAAGAAGAGUGACUCAAACUGAAAGAGUUCGGAUAAGUGCAGGUGUUUGAAUGCAACUGAGAAUCUUUACAGGAUUUUCAGCAUAAGCAAGAUUUAUUUUAAUACACUUAAUCACAAUACAAGCAUCUCGCAUUUCAGACAAAAUCCACUGUAUUGUUCGUUAGCUUCUGCUCCUCUCCCUGCUCUCCUCUCUCCACCUGUAGCUACCUGAUAGUUUGUACCACUGUUGCACUGCAUGUUGAAGUUACAGCGAUCAACCAUUAAUCUUUACCUUAGUGGGAGCUGCAACUUCUUCUUGCUCCGUAACUUUCUUUCACAUUGAUCCAAGCUACUCAUGAUGAAGUGAAAGUUAGAGCUGUUCCAACAGAGGAGCCCUGCUGAUGCUUGGCUGUUAAGGAGGUGAGGAAAGGUGAGCUUCAUUCAAUGUAACAGGGGCAAAACAUCAGGUGGCGCGAUAACCGUUAAGUCUUGAUGAUCAUAAUUUUAUGAUUAGAUUUUUAUGAAACUAAAAUCUGAUUACUCGCUUGAUUAAAUGGCAUAAUUUUUCUAACUCACCAGUUGUCGCAGGUUUGAAGUAUUGAGGGCAGACAGCUAAUUGAAAAAGAAAACCACAUGUAGUUGAUUCAUAUUGUUCACUGUUGCAAGUGUUUAACUUUUAAUUCAGUGGAGGGUUUGAUCCUAUGUCUUACAGGUUGGCGUCUUGUUUUCUGGGAGCUCUCUGUGUUUCUUGUCUCUUUUGCAGAUAGUUCAAGUGGAAGUUGUCAGUGUUACAUGCCUGUCUUCACCAGCAGCAGUGAAGCUGUCACUGAAAAUGCAGAUAAGUUUAGAGAUUUGAAUUUAAAGGUUGUCAAGGAGAAAAAGGGCAGAGCGUUGCAGGGUGACAGAAGUAAAGGCAGUAAUACAAAUUAAAGAAUUAACCAAACAUGUCAACAGUCCUGAUUAGUGCCAUGGGUUUCAUUUGCAUAUUCAUAGAGCUGACUUGUCUGUGUUCAGUGUAAGGCACAGCCAGUGGUGACAACUUCCUUGUUUGUGUGGUGUCGACUGUGCAGCUAAACUCUGGAUUUUUUUAGUGAUGAUUUGUCUGUGGUCUUCCACUGAACCCUGUUGUUGUGUAAAAACUUCCUGUGUGUCUCAGUACACAACCACAGACAUAUACUAUAUCCAACACACCAUUUUUGAGAAAAACACAGGUCUUACAUCUUGAAGCAGAGUUGCUUUGCAAUGCCGUACAUUUAUUGUAGGGUUUGGGUUAAAAUGAGAGAGACCAGACGCAGUUUAGUACUUCAAGUUAAGUGUUGUUCUGUGAUCUUUUCCCAAAAAUAUGUUCUGAAGAUACCUUUUAUGGAGUAACCCCAAAACAAAACAUGCAAUAGUGGUCUAGCUAAGUCGGUGUGGCCACAAGUGUGUUUUGUAUGUCAGUGAUUGAUGUUCAGUGUAUCUGCAGUGAUCCUGCUCACAACAGUUCACCUAAAACUGCUUUUGAAAAGUAUUGUUUGUACCACACUAAUAUGAUUUGUUCAAAUGUGUCACCAGUCUGGUUCCUGUUUUUUUACUUUUCCUACAAGGGUUUUGGGGUUUCAACUGUGAAACAGUUCGACCUCUCUGCAGCCAGUGUUACUGACAGUGAGUCAGCAAAUUAUCCCCGCAGAUUUAGGGCAAUUAUGACAGGAUUAUAUUCCUUUUUUCGAUGUUUCUAUCAGACUGCCAUUGCAGUUUGUUCCAGAGCAGCAUAUAAAUGACUGAAAUAGACCGCUUUACAUAUUUACACAUGUAUUUUACUGCAGUGCUCCUCUCCUCCUGGUAACGUGUUUUAAUACAGUUGAUGAAAAAAGUUAGAAACUUCAUUACCAUAUCAUUACUAAUCAAAAAACACAAGGAAAAAUAAUGAUAUGAUCAAUGUUGGACAACAGGCUCCUCCUCCUAGUUGCUUUUAAGUCUUCUUUUGCUGGCUGAGCUUGUGACGGCUGCUUUGCUCUAGUGUUUAUCAGUGUAAGACCACCUCUAGAAGCAUAUUGAGACUGAAGAUCAUGGCCAUCACAACCAUAUUUCAGGCAAUCUCUCACUAUCUAUAAACAAAGUUGUGGUUUCCUUUGAAAUACUGAAGCUCCACCAUAAGUUGUUGCGUAGAUAUUUAAGUGAAUGUUCUGACUUAAGAGUAAGACAUUCUAAUUUUGUUUAUUUACCAAUUCUACUAUGUGCUAAAAACCAAAGAAUUUGGGCUUUUGCCACCAAAACCUUUGCACAUUUACCUUAGAUAAUAUUCAACACACUCUAAUAAAGAGCAGCCAUCACUGCAAACAGUGUAUUUAUAUCCCAGCCACUCAGUCAUGCUUUGAAAAAAGGCACUCAGACAGUCAAUUAAAAGCCUGUUUACCGCUGAGUGCGCCGGUCAAAAAUUCAAACUGUUAUUAUGAUGUCAAAGCAGCGACGCACAAUCACAGAGUGUGAGGUUGUGCACCUCUCUGAGCAGACAAACCAAUAGUACUGUGGAGCUGUGAGUCCUCUGGAGGGGAAUUUACAGGUAGCAGAUGGACCACUGGAACCAGCUGUUGUUUACUAGGUAGGAGGGGGGGAAUUGUGGUAAAUUGAGCUCACAGAGACAGGGGCAUGCAUGCAAUAACACCUGCACACACCACGCUUUAAUUUGAAGUCUGCUGAAAUGUGCAAACAAACAUCGUCGAACUGAUACUGCAAGAGCCUCUGUAGAGGAAUGCCACAACUAGGGCUGGGGCUAUUUGUUGACGAGGUCGACUGGUCGACUACGUAAUUACGUCGAUGUGUCGCAUGAUAACGACCCAGACAAUGGGUACUUCAGUUACCGGUGGAAGUGUGGACAACAAAUGAGCUCCACCUUAAGGGGUUAAUUGAAAACUCAUUUCAGUAUGAUUUAUGAGCAGCUCUUCCUGAUCAGUGCAUGUGUUCUUCCUAGCUUAGUCAUUCCUCAUUCACUUUAAGUAGCUAGUUGCAGUUAAAGCAUCAGUUUUGUACUUUUCUUUGUCCUUGCAGUUAUUUUGCAAAAAAUGGUGGAUCACAAAAACAACACUUGCGACUCUCCAAGCUGUGAAACUCUUACUCAGCAAUGUAAACAAACACUAUUUCCCACAAAAUGGCGACCACUGGCCACAAUGCAUUGCGACAUCAAGUGACCUUUUCUAGCCCUCAUUACUAUAUAUAUAUAUAUAUAUAUAUAUUUUAUUUUUAUUUUUUUGAUGAUCAAUAAUAUAGCCAUCGUUGUUACAUAACAAACUGUUAAAAAAAAAUCAACAUAUAUAAUAAUGAAUGAAAUAAUAAUCAAUAAAAUAAAUCAUUGAAUUGAAAGAGAAGUUUGAUGUUAAUUCCUUGUUAAUCGAUAAAUUAGUUGAUAAAUUUGUCAACAGAUUAGUCGACUAAAUUGUGAAAAUAAUGGUUAGAUUAAUCAAUAAAAAAUAAUCAUUAGGUGCAGCCCUAGCUACAACAUAGAGUGAUGGUUAGCGAAAGGUUUGAUUACUCUGCUUACACCUGUAAGAACCCUGGUGUCAGAGCUCGGAUGUGGGCAAAGAGAAUAAACAGAAAACAGCGCAUAUUUAGCUCCUGUUUUACAGUUCUAUUUCCAUUGAGUAACUUAGCGAUGAGGUGCUCCAGCUGACCCGCUUAGAUCUACUGGAGGUUGUUUUACCGGGAAGCUCCCACAGUGUGUGGGAUUUCAAUGCUGAAUGGAUCAAGUGUUACUCCACAGCACUUAAAUAACACUACAAAAUCCCAUGAGCAGUGUGUGUGUAUGUAAUAGUCCUCAGCUUUAGAAAUUCUCCUCUUCGUUUUGACAUUUUUAUUUUUUUAGCAUAAAAAUCUGAUAAAACUGUCAAGGGGCAUGCUGACUGAUCCCUAAGCUGUUCUUCAAGGUACUUAUCACACACUGAAGUCACUUAUACACUAUUAACUAUGUACUGAACCAGGACCUCAGGAUCUCUUUAGCCCUACAGUGCUCCAGAGAAGUUUGACAGUUCAUGUUCGACUUAAUAUCACCCCGUAUUAAUUCUGAUUACUGCAACAUUUGAAUAUUCAAAACCCCAUAAAACUAGUAUUUCAUAGUGACUUUAUGCACAUCUUCUACAUUAAAUUUAUCCCAACAAAUUAGAACAUUGAUAUUAAAAGAAAACAAACAAACGGUGCUUUCUUACUCAGAGUUUUGUGCACUUAAUCUAUUGGAUAAGUGAACCUGUUACACAUCACACCUCUGCAUCAGCAUCAAGACAAUGUUAUCACCAUGCUUUUGUACUUGCACAUUGCAUCCCAAAACAAAGUGUUACUGUUGUCCGAGCGUGUUAUUUCAGGGUUCAAAGCAGCAGUGCUGAAGUACAAGAGGCACAGCUUGCUAAGUGGGAGUGCCACACACACUUGGGUACACACAUUCACUGCUGUUGUGCCUUGCCUGCUCAGACCCUACACAUCCCCACCGCCUCUGUCCCAUUCUGCUUCCGUUACUGCCUCCAAGGGAGGAUCAGAGGCAAAACAACUCUGCCUCACCAUCCGGCCUACACGUUGCACAUUGCAGAAAUCCAGUUUUUAAAUGAAAGUAUGUAAAGGCCAGGGAGAGACAAAGAAACUGAACUGUAGCUAAUUUUUACUCCUAAAUAUUUGCUGAUUCUUUUAUUGCUCUCUUUAUCUUUAAUGCAGUUAUUGUACAAUGUAAUUACACAUUUAUCUCAUAUUGUGCAGGCACCGCUCUGGGAUUCAAAGGAUGACAUGUUGCAAGAAGUCUGUAUUUGACUCAAAUUUAUUGACAUCCUCUGCAAGAUUGGUGUCAUGGCUCAGCGAAGCAUUCCCAUCGUAAUGUCACUACAAAUAGAUUCCCACAUCACAACCCCAGAAACUGCUAAAACUAGUUUUCUUUCCCAAAUGCUGUCAUGCAUGUCAAAUACGUCCAAUUAUUUCCAGGUAUCACUGCUGUUCAGAUAUGUUUGAGCUUGUUCCUUCUCAUAGUCUGUCUCCAUGCCCCAGAGUGAGAUGUUCCUCCUGCAUUACCACCCAAUAUGCUGUCAGUGCUCUCACGUAUAAAUACCAGCUCAGCCUCUGUGAUGGGAAAAACCUGAUAGAUAUAGGCUCAAGUUAAUUCUGCCAUCAUGGGAGAAUCCAUCUAGUUUACGGCAGGUAUUCAAAGCAAAGUCCUCUAACGCAAAGGUAGCUGGUAGAACAAACUGACUAAAGUAAUAACCGCUCAUAAUCAAGUAGAUUGGUGACAGUUUGCCUUUCUUUCUCUACUAUACAAGCAUAGUUAAGUUAUGUGUGGUUGUCCUUUGCUGAACUCCACUGAAUCAAACGGAUUGUAUUCUCAAUCUCAGCAAUUAAGUUGAUGAGAAAAAUCUGAAUAGAAAUAAUGGACGGAACAAAAAUAGCUCAUCCAGCUUGUCCCUGAGAGCUGCCAGAAAUGUUCAUUAGAUGCCAUCAAAGCUGUGGGGGUUGGAUGAUAAUGCACUGCAUAGAAAUGAAGGUUACAUAAGAGACUGAGGGGAACAUCACAUUAAUUUGUUCUAUUGUAAUGCAAUGCAAUUGUGUCACACUGCUACGCAAACAAAUGUCUGUGUUUGCGGUGUGGGGUUAGCUGGAGACCUGUGUACUUUUCAACCCAGAAAUCUGCUGCAGGACGUUGUUCAUGGCACGAGCACAAAACAUAAUUGUGAAAAAAUAAACUGAUCAUGAGAGAACUUUCAAGGAUUUUCUUUCUAAAUUCCUGUUUCAACAGAUCAUCUUUUUUCAACUCUGAAGAAAUAAAUAGGCUCGUCAAAAAAACCCAAAGCUCCUGAGACUGUGGUUAUUUUUAUCCCACAACUACACGCUCCAUUCUCAGAUGAAUUAAAGCAUAAGCAUUCAAAGAUUCAAUCCCUUCAUAGAGGACUGGUGAAGUGUCACCUUCCUGCACUGUCUUUGCAUAGCAACACUUUGGAGCAGUCUUAUUUUGUCUCCACUUGCAACACCUCAAACAGAUCUGAUGGAGCGAAUGGAGAAUGGAAUAUACGAAUGGGCAAUGCACUGACAGAAAAUAUGUCCUCCCCUCACAGUUGGCAUUAAAUCCACCAGCUGGAUUAGGAGAACUGACGGUGUGGGGGCUAUUUUCAGCACACAGGAUACCAGAAGAAGAUAGAUGUUUGCAUGCUGCUCAGUAGAGCAAAGUGUUUAUAUUUAAGAAUGUAAGACACGACACAUAGUUGCCAGAGAAUUAUGUCUUUGGAAAGAACGGGAGAGGAUUUAUUUUUAUGGUCAGGGAACAACCAGCAGCAUUUCUGACCUUAAAAAUCCACUUUGCCUGUUGGGUCCUUUGGAGGAAGAUAGUGUACAACAAAGCCUUGUUGUGAUUUGGUCAAAAAUAAAAACUCACAGUCAGCUUCUCCGGGGCUUCUCUGUUUCUGGUUUAUGGCUUACAACUUGGUGAUCAGAUCGGCUUCUUUUGUAUAAAUUAACAGUAUAUAAUGAAUGUAGUCAUUGACUGUUAUGCAUGUCCUCCAUUCUGUUUACCUUGAUGAAACUGCCUGCAAAUGACCCGAAGGUGCGAUGAAGUAAUCCUUUAUAUCUCUACACACUUCAGACUGGUUGACUACACAAUCAUUUAGCUGUUUGCCUGUUAAUGUAGGAGACAUUAGACUAUUGGCUAUCCUGUGUUUCAGCUUCUCUCAAUUAAAUGAUUAAAUUACACUAAAGUCAUAAUCAUGUAGACUGCCUCACCAAAUUAAAGCUCUCAUUAAUUGCCUAUAUAAUCUAUAGGGCUGGGCAAUAAACUUAAGUUUGCUGAUACUGCAAUUUACGACAAUAACCAACGUUAUUUUGCCCAUGUCAGUAUAUUGGGUGUCAAAAAAAAGCAUAAAUAAAAGUUGGUUUUGGAUGCGUGUAGGUAGGCUAUGGUCUCAUGUCUCUUUAAGAUGCUGUCCUACGUUGGAGAUGUGACUCCACCCCAUCCAGUCUGUAACAAAGAGGGAAAGACAGGUGAGGAGAUGGAGGACUGUUCAAAAGUUGUAGCGGCUGAAAUGGCGGCUAAAGACAAAGUUAAUGUGGGAGGGGGUGAGCAGCUUGUGGAGUAGUUACCGUCCAUUUAUCGUUAUCGAGGUGAACUGCUCAAUAUAUCAUGAUAUUGAUUUUAGGCCAUGUCACCCAGCCCUUAUCAUCUAUGCACAAAUAUACAGUUUCAAAAUCACCACCAUCUUUGUCUACAGGUUCCACCUUCUGAUACCAUAUCAUCAUAGUGCUUCGUACCACAUAUCAAUCAUGUCGUUUGUAUGGUGUCAUAACGUCUUGUAUCAUAAUAUAUCAUCUUGCAUCAUCAUAUCGUACUGUCACCCAUCUCACUUCUAGCGCUCAUAAUGCAACGCUCCACACUACCCUGAUUAAACUUUAAUUUAGUGGAGAAUUUAUAUCCAGAAUUUAAUGAACUGUAUUGACAAACUUACAGGUGAUUGCUACAGUUCCUCCUGCUUUAUCAUAUAUUUAUCAUUUACCACAUCCCACACUCACAAAGGCUUUUACCCCUUAGCUGUGGUACACAAACAAAACCAAAGAAGGAGGCAUGUUUGGAGUACUGAGACACAAUCCCUGUUUAUGUGCUCGUGAUGUACCAUGCCUCCUCUUUGUUGUUCGGCUUACGCAAAUAAAAUAGGGCAGUAAGAACGAAGACUGCCUGACAGAAAGGCUCCAUACACAAACCACUGAGGGUUAGUUCAAGAUAGAAGAACUUGCCUUGUGUUGUAUUUUGGUCAUGAUGCAACAGACGCUUUCCCACACUGAAGAUGAAGUUCCCGGGGUGUUAAAUGUACCACUAAAUCAGAUUUUUGUUUAAUGAUGCUGCUUCUGUUGAGCUGCUCCCUCGACUGUUAUUUUCCAUCAUUUUAGGCAAAUAGACUUGCAGCACUUCACCUUAUGAAACACGACUCAGAGAUGAUCCGGAUUUUUGCUUUGUGCACUUACAUUUUGAUUUGCGGUACACAAGGUUUACAAAAACAUUUAAAAAACGAAACCCAGUAAAUUCUAUUUUAGUUGAUCGUAAUUUGUCCAGCUAAGGAUCUGAGAAGAACCAGCCCCCAGGCCAGCAAGAGAUUAAAUGGGUCUUGACUUCUCACAAAGUACAAGUCUGUUGUGUAGAUGGAUUUGCCCUGCUUUUAAAUGUACCAAUAAAUCUAAUAUCUGUUCUGGAAAGUCAUGCCAGAACAAUGAGAUCCGCUUCAGGCUAACCAACAAAAAUGUAUUAUCCUCUUCUCUUCCUCCCAUUCUGGUCUACUUUCCCUUUUCCUCUCCAUCACCCUCCUUUUUUGUAUUUUUCCUGCAAACUUUCUUGCAUCCUUUUGAUCUUUUUUCUUUCUUUCUUUGCCUUUCACUGCCUUCAGGUUCCAGAAGUAGUUGCUUUGCACUUCACGAAGAGGGACUCCAUGGCUGCUGGUGCUGCUGCUUGACUCAGUCCAACACAAGUCCACUCCUUUGGUACGUCUGUGGUAGUGUCCUGCAUGUGACUGUCAUUCUGGUACUCUCUUAAAUAGUGAAGAUACUUUUUUGGCUUCAGAAGGGAGUCAGCAUACUCCUCUUAAUUCAGAGUCAUGCUGUGACUAGUCCCUGUGUCACGGUCAUUAUUCUGUUGAAUCCUCUUUAUACAGCUCUUGCACAAUCUGGCGUCAACAUGACAUCAGUUGCUUUCUCUAAAAAUGAAUAAUACAUUUUUGACGCCAUGAUCAGCAGACUUUAAAAUUAGUUCUAAACCAACUAAGAAAACUUUGUAUGAUAGAGUUUUACAGGUUUUAUAAAGGCUGGCUUGUUAUAUUUGGACUUCGGCGUGUUGGCUGACAUUGCACACACUGUUCUGAACAGCUAGGUAAGCAGAUACGAUGUAUUACAACUGAUGCUUGACGAAAAACAUUGUGCAAAUAUUGGCGCUUCAUAUCCCGUGUGAGUAUUACUCUGUUAUGCCAGAUUGUAUUGUGUAGCUGAAGCACUGGGUUGCUUAAGCGUGCUGCAAAGUUUCAAGGUUUCUCCUCUGCAGUAAACGUCAAACUCCAUGAGGUUUGUAAUCCAUUGCACUCAGACUAUGGUAUUAUAAUGUUUUAAAAGUCUGUGUGAUCCUUUUUUGUUUUUGUUUUUGGUACUGUUAACAAACAGUAGGCAAAAAUGGCUCAGCUGAAUGCUUCACUUUACCCACCAGUGGUCCUUUGCUUUGUCAGCGUACGACAACUGGUUUAUCACAGCUGGCUGUGUUGUUUGGUACCAGAGCUGCAAAACACACAAAAACAAAGAGUUGAGAGACUCAGACUCCCGAGUUUUAUCACAAAAGUUUCUGCAUGUUUUUCCACCAUCACCGUGGCCUUUAUAAUUUAUUUACAUUUGUUAGAAUUGAUGGCUGCAGACGAAAAUAUAUUGAAGAGGGUGUUUUAAAUGCUUAAUACUCACCCAGACUUUCUCGUCUUCAGGACUUUGUUGAUAACUUACCUUUGCGAACACUGUUGCGUACUUAUUGUUUCACUAAUGAUCUGUUUCCAUAUGCCUCCGUGCCAGCUUGGCAAGAAUCAGCCAUCUGUGUUGUUGUGUCUCAGCAGGUUUAGGUCCUGCUCUGUUUGCAUCAGCUUCGUCUCGGCAGCUCCCCGCACAGAUGUUGCUCUGUGUGUGCAUGACAUGACAAUAGAUACUUCAAGUGCUGUGCCUGACCUUUACCAAAGGAUCAUCACGUACUGUAACUAUCUCUUCUUUGGUUUAGUCUGGAACACUUGAUGCUCUUUUUGAAACAUUGCAUAGAGACCUUGAAACUACACACUGCAGUGCAGCUAAAUUGUAAUUUUACCUGCAAUAUAGAGAAUAUCAGUCUUUAUUUGGAGGAAUAUGAGGAUGUAAUGUUGGGUUGCAGAGUGCCACAGGGGAAAGACAGUCUGAACCACAAGUACAACAAGUUUGUGGCUCUUACAGUUUGUUUUUUUCUUUCCGAGGGGGAUUUUAAAAUACAGCAACCUCUCCUAAAUAUUGAGGCAAACUUGAAUUUUGGUUUUUCUUAAAAACCCCUUAAGUGCCAGACGAUUGCAAGUGUCCACUGCAGUAUUGAAGCUGAAAUAACAUUUUCCAUAUUUCCACCAUGUCAAAAAAAAAAAAAGAUUACAUGUUGUAAGCAACAAACAGUUGCUGGCAGCAAAACUCCCCCUCAUAACCAUGAUGUGUGAAAGUCUCUUUUAAUGAGACCCGUCAGGCUCGAUUUCACACACAUGCACCAACUCAGAUGGGGUUUGAGGCGAGUUUGAGGGUGCAAAGAGGAUGAAAUGCUCGUUCAGGCAAAAGCAGAUGUGCUGUGCUGUUUUUGGGCUGCUUUAAAAAGCGUACAUGAACUCUCUGUUUCAAAGCUUUUGACCCACAGGCGACCGCUGGCCUCGGCCCCUCAGUGCAUUCACUAGGAAGCGUCUGUGGUGUGGGAUGGCAUUAUCACUCUUCAGCUGCCUCUGCACUCUCCAGCAUCCAUUCCUCUCUGCUGCCGGUGGUUUGUGUUGCAUUUGGCAGUUAAGAGCAGAGAGGUGUUGUAUUCAGUGUAAUUGGAUGAUGUGGCAUCGUUUUCCUGACUGCUCUUUGCCAGCAGUCAUUUUUUGGCCCACACUGCUCAUCACCUUCCUCAAAGCAACAAAUUAAAACUGAAGCUGAAUGUGUCUGACUGGAACCAGCAACUAGAAAACAGUGCAGAUACAACAGCCGGGUCAGUGUUUUUGUUUGUGUUUCUCCUUUGAUGCUAGUUUAACAUUUGUGUUUGCUGCUGUGAAGCCACCUUAAAAAUGAGAAAUUUUCUGAAAACCUGUCUCAUCCUUUUGUCAUGGAGCAACAAACAGCUGCUAAGUUUCAUUGACUUCUUCUAGUGUUUGUAAAGCCUUGAUGGAGUUGAUCAUAGUCCAGUUUGGUCAUUUUCUUUCCACAUUACAGCCUCUUAAAAUGUUGAAAUUUGAUCUUAAAUAUAUAAACUGAAUAUAAAUAAGCUUCCCAUAAAGUCUGAGCUAAAAACUAAACGAUAAUAUUGCCAUCUCCUGUGUUUUGAUUGGCAUCACCCUCUUUACGACAGGACAUUUGGCAGUCAGCAUACUGGAGUUAUUUGCUUUAGAAUCAGGGGACGGCAGCAGCUGUUAUUUAAAAAACAUUCAUUUCAAUUAUUAACUAAAUGACUACUCACAGAGGAGUUGACUGAGAUAUUUGGACUGAAUUCUGUUUUUAAACACUGUUUUGAUGUUACUGUUGCAUAUGUGAGGAAUUCAAGUUCACAUUGAGGCCUUGUCCACACGUAAAUUUGCUAAAACAAAUAUAUUUUUAUACGUUUUGGCCUGCCAUCCACACCAAACUGCAGGAUUACGUCAUAAAAAACUGCGCUUUUGGAAAACUUCAGCUAUAGUGGAGUUUUAAAUUCCCAAACAUCAUUAUCCGCAACAACUAAUAGAUAAACAUCAUAAACUAUGCGCCCUUGUUUACGUGAGGCAGUGGACGGCAUACAGAAUACAUAAUUUUGUGAGGAGCAAAGGAGGAGUGCUUUGUAGUUGGUUAUUCUACACCAAACAACCCUUCCUCCACCUUUUUUGUGCAGAAAGGGUUUUAUUUGAAAAUAAUGAUGUGUGUACGUGACUUUUUUUUCUAAACGAAGGGGGUUGGAUAUUCAUUCAUGAAAAUACCCGGCUAUGUGUGUACAAGGCCAGUGCCAUGGUCCUCUAGCCUGGCUGGGCCAUCCAGUUGCGUGAAUCACUUGCCGUUCCUUCCCACAACAGUCUGGACUUCGGCCAAUUGGGAGCGUGUAUUAGAAAUCAGAAAAUAACCGGGCCAAUCAGUGACUGUGUUUCCACUGUUCCCCGGACAACAGGGAAAGGCAGCCAGAGAUUGGUCCAUGUGUAGAUGGUGACGUCAAACACAUGCCGCAGUUCAUUCAGAACGCCGUUAAUUCUGCAGUUGACUUUGCAAAGUCGGCAGAAAUCACUUAUAUCCGCAGAAGAAGACGUAAAAGACAUUGUUUGCUCGCACACGUUGAAAUAUUACCAAACUUUUACUUGACGCUUGAGAGCCCAGCAGGGAACACAGUUGCGCACUGUGAUGACGUCAGAUGUUUGGUUACGGUGAUUGGUUACAGUAGUCUGUCUAUCAAGGAAAGUACUCCCGCCCACUUUUAGGGCUCCCAAUUUGCCGAAGUCCAGACUGUUGUGGGAAGGAACAGCAAGUGAUUCAUGCAACUGGAUGGCGCAGCCAGGUUAAUGGUGCUCAGCCUGAAGUUGAUUUUUGAAGUCAAACCCAAACCAAUCAAAGAGUAUCAUCUGUUUUACCUUUCCACGUGUUUUUUCCUGAUAAAGUCUGUCACGUUUCAAGACAGAACCCAAGACUUCAUGAAAUACAAAAAGACAGCUGUGAAUGUUUUCAAACCAUAGCCAGAUUUUUGGAUUAGCAAAGCUGUUCUCCAGAGAGCAGUGACAGCGGGCAGAGACGCACAAAGAGCCGUGGUUAAAUCAUUAGUCAUAGAAGCCUGUCCCCUCGUUACAGUUAGACGAACAGCCCAACACCACCAUGAGAGAAGGGAAGGAAAUUUCACACUUUUGCAAAUCAUGUUUCUUUAUGUCUGUAUAAUUGGGAACUGUUAUCAAAUCUCUCUCCGUUCUCUCCUAUCUUCACUCCAGCGCUGUAGCAGAAACAUCAGGCUGUUUUUCUCACAGGAAAGUAGGACGAGUUUCUCCGGCAGCCUCAAGUUUUGUCUUGAGGCUGUUUCUGUCUUUUGUAGCUUCCUAUAUAUUCCUACUAUACAGUGUUUGUCACGCUUGUACUCUAGGAAGAGUCAUUAAGGCCUGGAUAUGCCAGUGAUGAAGGAGUGUAGAGUGUCAAAGUGAUCUUUUUUUUGUCUAAGUAAGCAGGAUUAUGUCUGAACUGCCUCUUUAUGAACCUGUCAUAUCCUCUUUCCCUUUAGGUUAAAUAUCUAGAAAUACUCUCAGCUGAUAUGUUUUUAGCACAGUUAAAAAAGCUUAAUUUUAUUGUUUUUGAUACUGAAUCAUACAGAUGAGCCCCACACAGUCAUCUCCACCCUGCCCCUGGCUAAUCACUGUGUCACUUUCACAGCGGAGUACUCAGCAUGUGAGGGAGUGAAACUGAGAGGGUGAGAGUGCAUGAGCAUAUGCGAGUGUGUGAAAAGAGAUAGUGUAAGUGUCAGAGUGGCAGAGCGGGUAAGAGACAGGAGACGAGAGAAACGUGCAAGGCGGAGAAAAACAAAUCUCACCAUGACAUGCUUGUUAUUUAUAGCCCCACGGUUGGAUUGUACAUUAAAAUAGACCUAGCUGCUACAGAGCCGCAGUUGUGCGUGAGUAAUUCAAGGUUUGAAUGUGCAGGAUGGCAUGUAUUUACUGUGGUUUGACUGUGUGCAGAUUUCCUCCUUUCCCAUGACCUUCACAGUAAGACAGCCAACAUUUGAUAUGUUUUUUCUUUCUUUUAUGAAGCACUUUUCCAGCCGUGCAACUCCUGACCAGCACAGAUAAUUUCAUGAGAACAAUGCAGCUCUGCACCCAAUUAAUCCAAAACUAACCCCUCGUCAGAAAAAAAAAACUUAAUGAGAUAUGCUGGCUUUAUGUAGAAGUUGUCUACAAGCCCCAUUGUAAAACAUUCCUUCUCUUACUGACGGUGUUUCAGGCUCUGUUGUUUUUUCACUUCUUUCUCGACUUUUCAGCUGAGUUGCUGCUACAUAUCAAUCAAAAAACCAAUUUUCCUAAUUUGCUGCCAUUCAGAUUUGACACUUGCUCCGUGCAAACGCAAGCUCACCCAACAAACGAAUUUAGUUUUUGAAAGAUGAGGUUUGUGGCGCAGAAUGUCGCUGUGAAUAAUUGAAUUGGAAACUGGAAUAACAAAUACAAAAUCCUGUUUAUCAGGAUUAAGCUGACAAUAUCGCUGAAUUUAUAAUGGAGAAAUUAUUUUGGAGGUCAUGCAUAGCUUAUGUUUUUUUUAAGUACCCCUCAGAGUUCUCCAAAGUCCCCCUCAGGGUGCCCUUGUUUGAGAAACACUAAGUUAUUAAACAUUCCUACAUAAGAGAAGAGCAUGUUUGACCACGCAGGAUGAGCAGAAAGUGCCCGUGGGUUUCACUCUGAGCUGACUCCAGAUCUGUUUUGCCAACCUCCCCCUGACUGUUUUCUUUGUGGUUUAUGUUAAAGCCCUCUUUCUGUGCUCUCUAUAGUUAUGCCACCGCUGGGGAUUUCUGGAGUUUAACCGGAGAAAGUAAAGUGGAAACAUCUACCGUAACAUGACUUUGGAUGGCUCUCUGAAAACUGAACAAUUCAGAGCCAAGUCUGUAAUCUGUGACCAUAUCGUGUUACAGGUAUUUUUACCUGCUCUACUGACAAGGACUAUGUGAAUACUGAGGCAGCACAUGCUGUGACUCCUCUGGAAAACAAGGGACUCUUUGUUCCUGUUCUGAAUUAAUGUGAUCCAGUGGAAGUUAUGCACAUAUUAAUGUUUGAGGUGUCAGGUGGCUCUACAACAGCAGCCUUGUUUUCAAUUUCAAUGGAGCAUCUUCAGUGACAUAAGUUUUAGCCUUACGUUUAUCCACACGUCAGAUACAUCUGUAUGGAAAGUAGGUGUGUCUCUCUUAAGGAUGUGCUUGUUUAGCUGGCUAAACCGUUAACUGUUGUCACCCUCACCAGCUGAAACCAGUAAAAUAAGAUGAUCAAAUAUGGAAUUGAUAUUUUUACUUACGUCAGCCUGAAAUGCCAGAUGGCAUCUCAUAGCCUGGCACAGUUUGGCAGUAUUCUUGUAUGUAAACUGUAUUUUGUCAAAUGGGAACAUAACCAACAAGAGUAAUAUCAAACCAGCAGAGACAAAUGGGUGUCAACCAGCAAGGAGGACCCAAAGGUGGUGGUGCUAGCUCUGCUAGUGUUAGCCACAUUCUCCAAACCACUUUGAUGUAAUACACCUGCUGACUGUGAUCUUUUGUUUGGCUGUGUCAAAGAAAAUGGGCUGAAUUUGGAUGCUUAGAUGAGUCAGUGUAUUGGAAUUAAAAUUUCUGCUGAGUCAACUUGUUUUUUUUUUUAUCCUUUUGAACAUCACUCGUCUCUUGACCCUGAAUUUUGCUUUUUACUUGGCCCCGACACUCAGUACUCUAUAUUUGUUAAAGCUACAGAGCAUACUGUAGCUAUAAUAAACUCAGGUACAUUUGUGUUUACUUAUCUGGUCUCUGUUGAAACUCCAGCUUCACUUAGUUGUCCUUUUCUUUCUGUAUGAUCCCACAUUUAUUUAAUCAAAUUUUUGUCGUACAUCUUUAAAAAGAACUGUUACUUUUAAUAUCCUAGCACAGGUGGAAAGCACAGCACAACUUCCAACAACAAUGUAUGAUUACAUACAUUCUCACUUAGUUAAUAUCAUAAGAUCCAGAUGGCAAAUAUUCAUUUUUGGAGUGCAAGUCUUGUCCUUGCAUUUAAGAAAUCAUGUGUAUGCUUGCAUGUGUCGAAGAGUGUGUCUUGUUAUGUGUGUAUAAUGUGCACCCACACAUCUGGUUAUGUCUGCUUUGCCACUUUGCUGGUGUUUGUCUGCAGGCCAGUGGGUCGGGCUCCCCUGAGACUUGCACAGUUUUUUUUUUUCUUUUCUCAGACCAGACUGCAACAACCCUCCCAGAGUUUGCACAAUACUAAACUCUGUGCUGGAAUGUGUUUUGUUUUUUUGCUUCUUUGCUUGUUUUUUCUCUUUCCCUCACUUGCUGACUAUAUUUCUUGGAUUACCUGCGGUGCACUGUCUCAACCUUUCACUCUCAAAUACCUGAAUAUGCUUCUUCUCACCCAGGCUGACCCAGCUGGUGCUUUGAGCCUUUUUCUGCUCAUAGAUGUGUAAUUAUGCAUUAACUCAAAAUUUAGCCAAUCUUCUAUGCAUGGAAUAUGUUCAGCAACCACAUACUGAGCCUUCAGGCUGCAGAGAAGAAGAUAGCUGAAAGAUGUUACACAGCAGAUCUGGCUGGGAGAAGUAUAGCUGACAUAGACUUGUGGAAUUUAUAUCCUUACUUACUUGGCCUUCAGGUUUGAAAUUAUACGAGUGAAAUUCGACUCAAGUAGGUGCAUUUAAAUCACAGGCCAUUUACUUUUGAGGAAUCGUGGUAUGUGCAGCUUACUUAAAAACAAAUUUAAAUUAUUGAGAGUAAACAUUUUUAAUUGCCCGUAGCUUUCUUAUAACUUAACCAUGCACACUCUUCUUCUGAAAGAUGUUUUUGACUGCUGAGGCUUUGAAGAGCUAAUGAGUGAACCCUAAAACUGCAGCCAGGACAUUGUUUUGACAGUAUCAUCUGUUUUAUUCAUCUGCUGUUCCAAGCCAAAGCUGGCAGUGAAUCAGCCAUGAGAGGUAAGCUUAUAAUGAGGUCGUUUGGCUGUAACAUUAGUCGUCACUUUCUGUCAACACGACCACUGAAAGAGCCCGUACAGCCCAUGUUUUAGUUUGUUUACUUAAGGACAACUUGAGCCUAGAGGGAACUAAAGAGGAGGUCCAAAAGCUGUGGUGAAAGUGUGCACACAGAUUGCAAGUCACUGAAUUCACCCACUCCAUGUCCUUAUGGUCUCAUUUGGCAGUGGAAAUGCUAGCAGUGGCAGGAUGAGGAGUUCUGGUUGUACAUUGCAAGUUUUCUUUCUACUAUCUAUGGGGUAAAAAGUGCUUAUUUAUUCCACCAGACUUAAAAAAAACCCAGAGUUUACAGUCACAAGGGAAGAUCAAAACUAGUUCAACAAAUUUCUGUUGAAGCAUUAAAUAAAAGUGAUUUGCUGAAAAGAUAACUGUAAAUGCAAGCUUAUCAACUGUAAUCAAAUACUCAUGCAUUUGUUAAUGUCAUCCAAAACUUAGUUUAGAGGCUUUAUAUCACUCAUGACAAUCUCUUAUCUCCCCCUUCCCCCAAGUGGGAGACUUGGGGGAAGAGACUCACAGAUUCAGCUCAUCCUCAUACACAGUAUCUGUUGUUCUGUCAUUUUUAAAUGUUCAAUUUCAGUGAACUUGAUUAACUUAUACUCACAGAAAAGCUUCUACAUGCACAACAGCAUACACAGCUCACUGCCCUCUAGUCAUACACACACACACACACACACACACACACACACACACACACACACACACACACACACACACACACACACACACACACACACACACACACGGCUAGCCGUCUAACCACUUAGUACAUCACAGUGGACUCAGUCCAUUACACUCAGUCGUUCUUGUGUCUCAUAAAUAUGGAUGAGUCCUUGAUGCAGCAUGAGCACUGUAAAGGCUUAUCCACAAUGGGAACCUUUCCAACAUUUUAAAGGCCAUUUUACGUUUCUUUGUGCAUUUUAUUGCAUGAUCAAUAGUCCCCAAAUACUACUGUGUGCUGUCUUAUAAUUUAGACAUUUUAAUGGGAAUUCUUUGCUUCAACAGAAUGCAGUUUUAUAAAUACGCAUAGCUGUCACAUCCUGAAUGAUUUUUUUCUAUGUGAGUUACACUAAAACAUAACCAACUUUUUAUGGUAAUUACAUUUACCAAAGCAGGCCCCUGUAAUUCAGUACGUGCCGUUCCAUAUUAAAGCUUUAAAACUCAGACAGACAGAUCUUACUGUCUUGGAUGUUUUUCACUGUUUGUCUUAAGCUACCCAUGCUGUGGGCACUUUCACAUCCUCAUAGCAUCAUACAUGAUGGCUUUUGGACUGUGAGCUGAUAACAAGCUGGGUGGUCCCCUUCCUCUUUAGAGCAGAGGAUAUACAAAAAAAUGUAGUUUUUGAUUGACAAGACAGUUUUUACUUUUUACCUCUUUGUUUGGUACAUUUCAGCUGUGGAGCUGUGUUUGCAGACAACUGUUGUGGGAAGGAGAUUUUAACCCAUGCAGUGACACCCACUACAGAGUCAUAGUGUUUUAAUGCAGGGCCACUUGAGGUGCUGAAGACCACAGCCAUCCAGUAUUGGGUUUCAGUCUUGUUGCUUUUGUGCAGAGAAAUUCCAGAUUUUCUGACUUCACUUAAUGAUAAUGAAAAUUCUUUACAAUUUAAUGCAUUGCACAGAUGUCUGAAUGUUUUGUUGCCCCCGUUGCUAACAUCAAUUUAAAAUUAGCAUAUUUUGUAGAAUAAGAAUACGUUUUUCAGUUUUAAGUGUUACUAUCUUUGCCCCGCAUCUAGUCAAAUAUCGGGUGUACGUGAUUUAAAUUCUGUUAAUUAAUAUGUUUUUUCGUUUUUUUUCUAAACCAACGUUUUACGAAGCAUCCCUUCCUUUUUGGAACUGGGGUUGUUCAAUAUUAUGAGAUUUUCCCAGCGCCUCUUCUCCCCUCUUUCCCCUUUGUCUGGCGUCUUUGGUGGUCUGUGUGUUGUCAGCUCAGUGACUUGUUUGGAUUGUGAAAGUAACUCUCUGGGGAAACUCUGUAGAUUACAUACCACGUCACUCACCACUACACAUUUCUCGGUACAUAGCUUUUUAAAGUGAAGUCUGUUGUUGGGGGCUUUAUUUUCACCCCUCUGUCUUUGAGGAAUGAAUGUUUUCUCCUAGACUAUUUCUCUCCUGACAGCCUUUGGUGGAGAUCAAGUUAGCUUUAAUAGUGUGAUUUACAGAUCAGUAUGUAACCAGAUCAGUGAGCUCAUACAUAUGAACCUUUUCAGCCUAUAAAUCUUGAUUGCAGACUUGGCUGGCUAUUUAUCUGCCCAGUGGAACUUUUCUCUCACUAACAGGGUUAGCAGCUCCCUGUGGGUAGCAGUCUCCUUCUUCACAGACUUUGGUUCAAUCAAUACUUCUAAAUACUGGCAUCUCUCUCUCAUAAAGAUCGAAAAAAUGAGCCCAGCUUACUCUAAUUGAGCGUGCCACCCUGGAGCUCCUCUGUUUACUAUGAGGAAGAGCCUGAUGUUUGUAGAGUGCAGAUUUAUUUCUGCUUUUACAGCCAAAACAAAUAGACUUUUCUGACAUAUUUACUGACUCCCAACACUUCACAACAUGGCCUAACAAGUCAUCAAAUUAACCACUGCUUAGCUUCAAGUAUCAAGUAUUCAGACAUCAGUCUAAUCAGUUGGCGACUAAUAAAAGUCAAAUUCUGAUUUUUAUCACUUUGAUUUUACAGUUUAGCCGGAUAAAAAUGACUAAUAAGAAUGGCUUUCUUUAGUAUUUUGACAAGUCUUCACUUUUCAACAUAGUAGGUGAUUGUAAGCAAUCCACCAUCACAUGCAGAAAAGAAAAGCAAUUAACACAGCUGCAACGAAAGUGUAAGUGGCGUCACCUGUGUGCAUGGAUUUCACCAUACCAAAGGCAGAUAACAGCAUUGAAAUUUGCAAAAUAUGUGCCACAACAAAAACGACAUGGUCUAACUGAGAAAAGGUGACUGAUGCACAUGCAAGAAAAAACAACGCAAGUUAAGAUCCACAACUACUUCAUGUCAAAUCAGACACUUUGAACAUGCUGAAAGGAGGCAAGUUUUACCAUAACGAGUCAUAAUAGUCACCUGAAAAGUUGUCUUUGCAAUAAAGACUACAUCCAAACAUGCAGCCCAAAGGGUUUCACAAAAGAACAGACUGAAAAAAUAUGAAUAAAGUUUAAAAAGUGACAGAAAUAGAAAAAUUGAAUAAACAGAUAAAUAAAUAGAUCAGUGCCAUAGCGCCAGUUCAACUGCAGCGAGGCAACCCGAGACAAUCCAAAAGCUAAACCAGUUAGUUGCGAAAUCACAGAAGUUAUGACACUUCAAGACCAACUUUUUUCAGAGGUGGAAAACCAAGGAUAUGUCCGGCUGCAGGUGUAUUUUGAAACGUUUCCCGAGUCGCUUCUACUCUGCAGAUUUAUCCAAUCCUGCUCAGUCUAAAAGUUUCACCAUGGACACACAUACUUUAGAUGUUAGUUCAGUACGAAUGCUGUAGCUUCACAGCUCCGCAGCAGAACAAGGUUUUAAAACACAACUUUCGUUUUGCUCUCUGCUUUUUGAAAACUGUGUGUGGUUUAAAUGUUGACACAUCAGAUUUGACACAUGAUGUCAGUCAAGUUCUUUUUUAGUAGAUUGAUUUGACAUAUUUUUGAAUUUACUGAGGAUAAAUUGACUUUUUUGUGUGUGUGUUAAAAAUGGUGAUGUCAGACUUGGAUUAUCAGUAUACACUUUUCCUCAACAUCGUAGUUUUUCUUACAAAAAAAGACGUGAAAAAAACACUAAUGGUAGUUUUAUUGAUAUCAGCCACCAGGACUGACUGGAUCAAUUUGUUCCAUAUGGUGUAUGUCUGCAGUGACGUUAAUCCUGACUGUUCCUGGAGAAGGUCAUGAAUUUUAUUGACAAUGUUGGUUUUUAAUUCGAUCUGGAAGGACAAGAAUUUGCAGAUUGUGUUUACCCAGCUGGGAUGAAGACAAAUGGGCCUCUAGUCAAAUUUAUGUGAGUGAUAGAAGCCAAAGAUGUCUCUCGUUUUUCAUUUUGAUCUGAUCACAACUUCACUUUCCUAAUUAGAAGUCAUCAUUUUUAUAGUGACUGCUUCGACACAUUUCUACAUCUGAUGUCAGUUCUUGUGAAAUAAAGGUUAUUAAGCAGGAAGAACUUCUCACUCACAGUUGAAAGAGACAGGUUUUCUGCCCACUGAACCCACACUUCAAAGAGAACAUAUUUGUGUCAGCUGAAUUGUAAAUUUCACUCCACAGAAAGGUUCAAUUGAGCAGCUAAUGAGAGUCCCACUCGCAGAAAAGCUCCUUUAAACUGGAGUGACAUGCAGCAAAAUCAUUUUGGCAGAGUCUGCGGACAGAGGCAGAAAUUUGGUAGAAAUUGGGAAUUAUGUGGAAGAAGUCAGCUGUGACAUGCAGUGGCUUUGCUCCUGAAAGUGAAAGCUGGUUGGCAUGUGCCAACAGCUAUCAACGUAUACACACUCAUACACUCACACACAUAUAGUUCAGGGAGCUUUAGCAGAACCUGCCAUUGUCACACAGGUAGUGUCACUUCACAUUACUGGCCCUGCGCUGCAUACUGACUUUUAACCAAAGACAGUUUAAGCUGAAAGAGACUUGUUCCGCACCAUCAGCACCCAUGACUAAGUGAAGAGAUUAGUCAGAGGUACCGCUAACUAUACUCUGAGGUGGGAUUGUUGGAACGUCUGGGGGAGAUGUUUGAAGGUCACCACUUUAAAUCCCUGGAUGAGCUGAGAAAAUCUGAGAAGAGGAGGUGCAGCUCACUUGCUCUUCAUUUACUGCUGUCAGAGUGUCCUUCAACAAAGUGCUUGAAUGCUGCUCAAAGUUCUCAAUCAUACUUAGUGUACUCUUAACUGUCCCUGCAUGCAAUAUCUUCUGCUAUAACAAUGUUUAUGAUAGAUGUGAUAGUGAAGACAUGCAGUGGUGUUGGAUUUGUAAAUUAACAGCUAGAACCAAAAGUUAACCACAUUGAUAUUCAGUAGAUUCACAUGCAGAAAUAUUUGCAUUGAUUUAAGUCAUUAAAUCAUAAAAUAGAUGAGUUCAUUUUCAUUUUUACAGCUCUGCAUCUUUUCUGUGAGGGUGUGUGGGGAGCUCUGCUUUUCUUCAAGACAAACAAGGGGCCUCCAAAAAAGAGAGUUCAAAGCCCAUUGAUGUUAUUGAGAUAUAAGUCAAAGGAUGCAUUAGAAACAGUUUAUUUAAAAUUAAAGUUUUAAACUCUUAGAUCUUGCUAUAGUAUCAUUGAGUUCCAUAGUUCCUGCUUAGUUAAAAACAGUCACCGCUACAUCACUUCAGAACAAUCUGUUCCUUCUGCUCUUCAUCGCCUCCUCUAAAAUAAACAUCUUGAAAGCUUUUUAUGCGACACUGAAAGGAUAAAUGACAGACGUUUCAUCUUUACAGACUCUCGGUGGCAGAUACUGUUGUCUUACCAAACAAUGCAGUCCACAGCUUUCUCCCUCUGCCCUGCUUUUCUCUGCAGCUCUGCUCUUAUAUCACAUCUACUCUGCUCUUGUCUACUCCACUGACACGGCUGUCUUAUCACUUGGGCCCUCUGCCGUAAAGUCAGCUGAAAAUCCCAUCUCUCCUCUCCUCACGGCUUCAGCUCUCAGUCUCAGUUAUUCCUUUAUUAUGAAGCAGGCUCAGCGAGCUCCCACUCCCCCUUCAUAAACGUGCUGCGGGUGGGUAAUGAGCUCCUGUCCUCAUCAUUACUGACUUUACUCUGGGGAAAAACAUUACCCCUCUGUGGAGCGGGCGGUGUGGUUUAACAGGAUGGUUAAACUCAGUCUGAGAUUUCUUUUCAGUGUUAAGGCUUCACUUCUUUUACUUAUUCAUCUCUCAUCAUAUCCUGUCAUCUCUUAUUCUUCUUUAGUCAUCAUUCUCUUUCACAGCUUUUAUGUUCUCAUUCUGUUCCUAUUCACAGGCAUUGAAUCUCACAACUGGAAAGUUUUUCAAACAUGCACAUUUUUUUCUUCUAAAUGCCACUGAGAGUCAACAUGUCAGUACAAAUGUAUCACCUGAUCACUUGUGAUUUUUUAAAUCGGGUUUUUGAAUGAGGUAUGAGCUGCCCUCUGCAGUCAGGUCAGGUCAGGUCAGGUUGAGAGUGCUCCAGUAGAGCUGUACAUUAUUUUUUCAUGACCAGACAUAAUGAUCAUACCAACAGUCAGCAGACUGUGUUAAUCCGUCAGUGAGUCAAGGUUUUUUGCCCCUGGUGGUGGACACCUCACGUCCACACUGCUAACAUGUAAGCUUGUGUGAGCUAGUAUUUGUGCCACUGUGUGCAUUGUAUUAAACUCAUGGCUUAUGUGUGUAAAUCUAAUAUAGGAAGAUAAUCAAAUCACAUCCAAACUUGCUAAAACAGGGACAUUUGGAAAGUAGAAAAACGAAACAUAGAGGGUAAAUAAAAGAACAAAUACAGGCCCAAACAAUAAGGACAAGCAAGUGUUUUGCUAAAAGCUACCAUUACUCCCAAGUUGACAACUAAUUAGCUUCAGAUAGCCUUUGUGAUAAUUCAUUCCAAAUUAGUGUGCAAAAAAGUGCAAUAUCCCUGAGUGUCCACUUGAGUAGACAUGUUUGGAAAGUCGUCACAGACCGACACUUGUUUACACACCCCUCAUUACAAGAGCAACCUGAUGCCAAAUUCCUGUUUUUGACUUUGUUGUUGCACAGUCACUUUCUCCACUUAAUUCUGGCAUGUCAUGUUGACCCAUCCCCAUUGAACCUCCAGAAUGACAAGGUAAUGUCAGAGUAAUUUCAUGACUCCAACUGCUGGAAAUGUAUUAAAAACAAAUCUAAAAAUGCAGCAAAAACUUCUCCUGUGUGUAGCUGAAGUUGAAAAAAUUUGAGUUGGGAUACUUGGAAAAUGCAGCGGAAUGCAGUUGUGCCACCCUACUCAUAUUCAAAGCAUGUGACUUAAGCAGCACAAGGGGACAGACAAAAACACAUAUAGAGACACAAUCACUUUUCGCUCUUUUCUCCAUCUAGCCAGCAGGAGUCAGGAUCAAUUUCACCGGGUGGAAACGCACAAAUGAGGUUGUGUUGGUGGCGCUCUCAUCUGGCUGUGAUGUACUGCUUACUAAAUGCACAGUGACAUCCUCGUAGUCUUUCUCUGAUGGGACCUGAAUGCUUUGUCUCCCUCAGAGUGAGUUUUUCUCCGACGUGUCAGUUCACUGAAAAAUACCUGAUGGAGGAGGUGAUGAAGGAGGCCUCAGGUGUAUGGGAUGGAUAUGAAAGAUGAAAGCACGGGGAAAAUAUGGGAGGAGAAAAGAGGCUUUUGAUAUUCAUAAACUUUCCUCUGCUGAGUUGUGUCUUACACUUACAAUGAAAACAAUGGCGUCUGAUAUUUCUUUGUCUAAAUUAGAUUGGAUCUUUGUUGUUGAAUAAAUGAGAAGUGUGGAUUUUAUGGGACACAGUUUAAGUUUUCGCUUUUAGAGGAAAAUAGACAGGUUAGUUUUCCUGACAUGUGCUUUUUCAUUAGCUGACUUCUCUUUUUUUCCAAUAUAAAGGUUGAGUGACUGAAUACUGAAUCUUCUUCUUUAACUGUUUCUUCAUUUAACAAAAAAUGGCACACAGAAGGAAAUGUUUUAUGCAAAAGUCUAACUUGGGCAGCCUUCAGUAAAUGCAGUUAUCCCACCGCUCGCACCAGAGGAGUUAUUCUUAUCUCCGUACAAGUCUGGAGCUCACUCAGCGGCCCCGUGGGGCUUGUAUCUGUAGUGGCACCAAGCAGCAGGAGGUGUGUGAAGUCUUGCCUGGCGCUAAAGCAGACAGUGUUUGCUGCCAUGAAAUCAGGAGCAGAUGGUCACAGAUCGAGGGCUGCAACUGCAUCCCAUCUGAGGGGAUAAUUUUGCCCCAGCAAGUGUAGUCAUUUAAAAAAAAAAAAAACUAGGGAGGCUCAGGGGAAAACAGGAACUGCUCUUCAAUUCAAACUGUCUGUUUUAAAUGUUUUUUAAGCUUUGUUGGUUUGACACAUCUGUCACUGGUUUGUUGUUUUCAGAUUUUGUCUCUGACAGAAAACCGCUGGAUUCCUCGCAUUUUAGAGGGAAUAUGGCAUUGACUCAGCAAGCAGGCAUGAUCUGUGUCCAUGCAUGUGUUGUUUGCAGAAACUCUUAGCAUCCUUUAAUCGUUCUCACGAAACUUUAAGAGUACUCCUCAUCUUUCUGUGACCUUCAUCAAAAACCAGGAUUUCUAGCAGCUCAUUGAUACUGACAAAGAAAAAGAACUAAAUAUGCAGGGUGCAUAAAACAAAGACUCCAGUGAAAGGUUUAUUAAGAAGUAAUUAAAUUUGGAGGUGAAAGCAUCAUUGGACCGUCAGAAAAUCAGACCUUAGGCUAUUAAUACUCCAUGAUGAGUUCUGUCUCACACUGUUUGACAGGAAGUGCUCUGAAUGUGUUGCCUCAGCCUCUUAGUGUUAAAAGGGUGUUUUAUAACUUUUUUUAAUGAAACUUUUAUUCAAAUUGACAAAUGAAUACCCUCUUCAUCUAUCUCUGCUAUAAACACACUCAAACCAAUCACAUUAUCUUCCCCAGAGGAAGGGGGAGUCCGGAGGAAGUUUCUUGAAACUUUAACAAAAAGAAAAGGUGAAGCAAAGAAUCAAACCAUGUUACAUCACUAUAGACAAAAAGGGGCAAAGCUCAGUAAAAAUGUAGGAUUUAUGGAUUUAUUGAUGUUUUAUUCACAGGUGUGCAUUUUAAAACUGGAGCACAGUUGAUGCUCUUUUAUCUGUGACAUGUCAGUUCUCAUAGACAAGCAGCUUGCUUUGUAUUUGCUCUGUAUCCUCUUCCUGGUCAAGGCUGUGCAAUAAACUUUUAUGUCUUUCAUGUGUGGGGUUUAGUUUGAGUUUAGUUUCUCUAAACCUAGGAGUCAUUUCUCAAAGUACCGUACGAAGCAGAAAAAGGAUAGAGGGAAGGCAGAUUUUACAAUACUCAGAGGAGAGAGCAAAAGUGAGAAAAACAGCCUGAAUUAAAACUUGAGCGAGAAAGAAGAGGGAGACAGAGAAAGAAGAGAGUGGGAAAUUUAGAGCCAAAGGGGCGGAAGACAAACAACAAAGACAGUGUUUGAAGGAGGGAAAAGAAAGGUAAGAAAGUGAGAUAAGGGAGGGAAGAGGCGAGGAGUGGAGACAAGAGAAGAGAAGAGGCAGCAGAAAUGAACAACAGGAUGACUGAGUGUCGCCUCUGCAAUGAGGCAUCUGUAACCUGACCUUUCACCUUUUCCUGCCUUUUGUGCCAGACAGAAGAGUUUGUCUACAUGCUGAUUUGUACUUUUCCUCAACUAGACAAACACAGGACAGUGUAUGAAAUGCAAUUAUGUCAUACCCACAAACUCCUGUAUGUGGAACAUGUUUUUUAUGUUUUUUCAGGCUAAUCGAGAUGUUCUGCAUUGCAAUGUUGUCGUCACGAGUUUAGAUGCUUGUUUUGAGGAACAGACAGCUAAAGGAAGUCAGCUGCUCUUUGAGUACUGUGGGUAGAGUCACAUAGGGUAGGGAGCAGUCUAAGGAAGCACAAGGUGAGACAAGACCCUCUACUUUGCACCAAGAUGUUGCUUAUCCUGUCAGGAUUCUAGGUUACAUAAACAUCAGUCAUCUAUACAUCGAUACUGUCUUGCCCAGGAGUUGAUCAGAUAUCUUAAAUUGAUGUAAUGAUUGAUUAAUUGUGGUAUCACCUUUGUGGUAGGCAGUGUGUCAGGUAUUAUUCUGUAUCCCCGUCCCCUCUCACAGCGCUCUCUCUCUCCACUCCAAAAAUCACAGAAGCACCUGAUGUACAUUUUCUUGACAUAUAGACGUCUGUGUUUCAUGUUGAUUCCGUGCUGUAGAUCAUGUGGAGCUCGAAUGACAUCGCUGUGAGAGAAAACAGUCUUUUCUCAACCUCAGACAGCCACAAUUCUUUAUGCAUAAGGGAUCCUUUUAAAUGAACUAUAUCAGUGACUUUCACUCAUCAAAAAUGCAUGACAAGCAAGGCGGUGAUAAACAUAAACAAGACUGGGGGGAAAGAAGUAAGAAGAGAGCAAUUUUAACCAAUGAAGAAAAAAUAGAGAUAGUAUUUUUUAAUGUAUUUCUCUUCUGCAGUGUAGAAGUGAUAUGCAAUGUGAAGUGAUUAUACUGUCCAUUAUUGAAGUUUUUAAGCUCUUACAAUAUAUAUGCUGUAUAUAAAGAUGCCAAAUCAGAGGAAGGCGGGCAAAGGAAGAGCUCAGGAGAGAGAAAUAUUUACAACCUCCCUCUGCUGUAACAAUAAUUUCCUGCCUUAGUGCUGCUUCAUAUCUCUCUGAUCAAAGAUGCAGCAGAGUCACACUGUCUCACACAUGCACACAUGCACACACACACACACACAUGCACACACACACACACACACACACACACACACACACACACACAGACUAAAUAAAUAAAAAUAGUCAAUAUUAAAGAUUAAUCUCAUACACCUCAGGAAAAAAAACAUACCUUUACAGUAUUGUCUGAGCGUGUGUUUGCCGGCACAUUUAUAACAUUUAUGCAACACAUCCUGUGUGUUGUACUGAUUAUCUGUAUUGUUCACAUUUUUGUAGUGUUGUGUAAUAUCUGUUACAUAAGGAAAAUAACACAAAAAUAGCAGGCAAUUAUUAGGCCGAUAAAUAGCCGUGAGUAGAAGCUCUCGUAUUAAAACUACACAUGAAAUCCUUCUCAUGUGGAAAAGAAAGACAAAGACAAUUACAUAAGAGAGGGGAUUUGCUUGUUUCAGACAGGUCUCCCCCUCUUAUGUGUGGUGUCAUAUUUUAAUGAAGUGUCCCGCAUUGCAAGCUGUGUGACCUAAAAACACGGGACUUCAUGCCUUAUAAAGGGGUUGUCGGGAAAAUUGGAUUGUCAGUGUCCCGAAGGCAUAACCGCCAUCCCACAUUAAAUGUUGUGGAGUCUCAUCAGGAUCAACAUGGCACUACUUUUUGGCUCCGGCUUAAUGAGAAACCCAAAUAUAAGUAAUUUUUGCUGGCUAAAAGAAGCAGCAGGGAAGUAAAAACACAAACAAAACAAAAGCAGAAUUUUAAUGGGGGGCUGAGAGGAAAGCAAAAUAUGCUGUCACAUCCACCACAUGGGGUUUCUGCCGAAGGAAAUGAUCUUUGUGACUUAUUUUUAUAAUUUCUCGACUCUGAAAGUGUAAUCAGAAACUCAGGUUGGAAAAAAAGAUUUAUCUCACUGAAGUUCAAACUAGGAAAAACUUUUUAAAAAUUCCAUCUUUCUGCUUUGAGGAAAGUGAACACAACCAAAAGGCUUUAUUAUCUUUGGAAAUAUAUCUCUUCCACCCUCCGGCUGUCUGCCUGCAAGGAAAUGAUGUUAAUUUAAAAGUGUCUGGUGUUGACCUUAAAAAAGCACGUCAUCUUGUCCUGCAUCUGCAAAAAGUUAUUGAAAUAUUCAUGUCCAACGAAUUUAUCUGCUUUCUGAUUGUUUUUCUACUUAAGCUACAGCUGCAUUACAGCUGUGCAAAACAAAGACUUCUACUUCUCUUGUUGUGUUUUAAUGAGAACUGGGGGGGGGGGGGAAUCCCUCAAGAAUGAAAAACGAAUCAAUUUUGCUUUGUGGGAUUGUCUUUGAAGAAGAAAAUAGUCCAUAAAGUGUCGAACCAUAUGUACCGCUCAGGCCUCUGUCAGGAUUUGCUGUUUGAAUUACAGGCUUAGUUUCCUGUGAGGAUGCAGCCUGUGUGGUGCGGUUGGAUAAAUCUUCCAACACCCAUCACGGCUCAGUCAGCAAAGUUUGAUUCAAGAGUUCCUGUCUUAUUGUGUCUGACCCUGGGCAGGUACAGGGUGUUGUCAUGGUAACAUCCGUCUGUACAGGAUGUGACACCCCUGACCUUGUUAGAUGGAUGUGGACAGUGAUGUACCCAUCCCUGUUGAUAACAGCCUCACAGUGAGUCAUAGCCCAGCCUGUUUUGAUAAAAAGUGGAGAUGGGUCACCUUUAACAGUCAUCACAAAGACUCUCGCUCGGUGACACAUGAAAUGAUUACAUGAGCUCCACUUCACAAGCUGUAAGCAUUCACCUCAUUCACCAACUUCAUUUGUUACAUUGUCUGUACAAUACUAUAGAGUCUGAUCAUUUUCUUAUAACACAAACAAGACUAAAAUGCUAAUACACAGUGUCUGAAGUGAAGCUAUUAUACUGUUGAUACAGGGAGUGACCAUCAUGGAUUUCAGGCUCAGGGUUACUCCUUUUUCUCAGAGUUUCAAGGUUGGAUUUCUGACCUCAGGGGAUCAGUGUGGAUGAGGUAUCAGACUGGCAUCUCAGAAUUUGCAACUUCUGAGAUCAAAUGGCACACAUCAUACCCCUGUGCCACUUAGUAUGCAUUACUAAUAAGCCACUAGUAAAUUAAUAAACAAGAGAAAUGUUGAUACCAAUGCUUUAAAGAGGAAGGGGAGGAAAAAAGUUAUACCACAUCAAUUAUUUUCACAGCAGGGCUUCCAAAUCUUCAGAGCACAUGCAGCAAAAAAUGGUUAUAAUUAAGGAGCCCUGCUGUGUGUUAAGAGCUCAGGAGUACAUUUCCUAUUCACUUUCAAGGUUUUACGAUUGUCCCUCACAGUUAGCGGUUUUGUAUUACAAUAUCAUGCUCUCCUUGAGAGACCUGCACAGAGCUGUCUUCAGCUGCAGUAAGGUUAUGUAACAUAAUGAUUCCCGUGUGAUAUGAGGCAUCAGUUCUUAGAACCAUUAUAACUACUUAUUUGAGCAAACCUCCACUUACCAUCCUUUGAUCUGAUGUUACUUGUGGUUUUUAAGAGCUUGUUAAAAUUGAGUGUGUGAAAGUGGUCAAUCUGAAUGAAGCAAGUCUAAAUACUGAUGGAGUUUUCUUUUUAUUUCCACCUCAAUUAGAUUCACAAACGAUGUUGAGAUGGGUCUUUAACAGAUUUUACAAGCGGUCCAUAAAAGGUUUAAUCUCCCUCUUUUCCUUCUUGAUGAUACUUAGAUGUGAAAGAAUUUAAAUGAACACCAAAUACUCAUUGAACCAAACAACUUCUGUUCGUCCAGUGGAAUUCUGGUGUGUGUUUGAUUUGACAGUCACCUUUGUAGUGUGUAAUCUGAUGUUUACAGUUUUUGCUGUAUAUAUAAACGGCUGUCUUAUAAGAUAGAGGUGAAGAAAUAUGAAAGUAUGUUUAGUUGUUUUUCUUUUUCUUUUUUGUAAUUCCAAGAAUAUCCACUUUAUGUUCCAGAUUAAAUUUAGCAGUUAGUACAUUCACACCCAGUGUUGCAACUUUUUUACUAUUUAUCAAAUAAGCCUACUGACCUGUACCUGCACAGCAUCUGGUAUGGAUCCAUGUAUUCACAAGCACCAGUAACCACCAAGUUUGGUUUGCUGUUGUCUUUUUCCACUUUGAUACAUUACUUCAAACCUAAGUUUCUGCUUUCAUGCCAUUUGCCAGAUUGAACUGCAUGUAAACUGAGCUGAAGCGCUUUAGAUUUCCAUUUUCCCUAUUGCUGAUCUUGUUUUGAGGAUUUGGGACAUUGAGGUUCUGAUUCAAUGACAAUAAAUCAGCACCUCUAUCUUACCUAAGCUCGGCUGAAACAUCCGACAACAACAUGGAACAGCAAUCCAGAAAUAAGCCCUCUUAAUCCUCUUCACUUCUGCCCCUCUGACUCCCAAGCCUUCCAUGUCCAGUUGAGGAAACAGCAGACUAACUCUGCCCCUCUGAUAGAUGGGCUGCUAUGUAGAGAAAGUUUGCCACCUAAUGGAGACAACUUUGAACUACCUUCUUAAUACAUCCUUUCUCAUACGGAUGGUGUUAUGGCUCCAGUGUAUCAUUUUCACAGUAUACAUGUGAUCACCGAAUCGUAUUUUAUAAUAGUCUAAUUUUCUAUUUGAGCAAGUAUUUGGUCCCUGCAUGGGUGAACCUUUCUCACUUCUCAUUUCAACAUUUUGUAUGUACAAUAAAUACUGUGUUUUGAAGUAAAAACUCAAUGUUUCUCUUUAAAGUUUGAUUUACCUUUAUCUCUUCUUCUCUCUUUCAGGUCCAGUUCCGCCCAAAUCUGA